AAUAGCAAAGAAAAUGGCGUCUGUCUGAGUCAGGAAGAGAUCAAGAUAAUUGAAUAUUGUAUGCAUCCGUAGGACAGUAUCAUAUUGGGCUGUAAAAAAUACUAAAAAUGGCACGAAGCAUGAUGCCAGCCCAACAAAAGUUGGCAGAGAAGUUGACUAUUUUAAAUGACAGGGGUACAGGCAUGCUGACGCGGAUUUACAAUAUAAAAAAGGUUCGUUGAUUUAAAUUUAAAAAAAUAAACAAAUUGUCACAAAUAAAUCAUUGUGAUUAUGAGUUGUAUUUAUAGGUACUUCGGUAAAAAGCAUACAGAAAUUAUAAAACUACUACUGUUAUAUUGAGCGAACUUCUUCAUAUAAAAAAAUGAAACAUACUCGAGAAUCAAAUUUCUCUAGCUUUAGACUUUAGAGACUUUAGGCACUUUAGGUAGAUACUUUGGUCAAAAAUGUAAACAUUUUUAAAAAAUAAAUCAAUGGCACAGUUGAAUAGAGCUAAUUUUAAACAGAAUUAUAACACCAAAAUCAUAUUUUUAGCUGUUGUAGUUUUAAAGUUAUGAAUUUUUAAAGUACGACUUGGUUUGUCAUUUUUUAACAUGGACUGCAUCUCCACAUUCUGUGACCUCAAUCCACUGAUCGCGUCAUGCGCAAUGACUAUAUAGUUUAUAUAAGGCAACGCAUUCCCUAUCACUAAAAUACUGUUUAGGGUCGACUUAUUUUAAACUUUCAACUUUGGCACAUGAAUAAUUAAUAAAAGCUUUCCCUGACCAAUGGUUUAAUAGCUUUUGCACACGGCAAACUCUUAUGAAUGAAACUCUGAGAUAGUACUACGACGUAGCCGUUAUGCAAGUGGCUGUGAAUGGUUGCCAAUGACAACGUGUUGCACAGGGAAAAUUCUGAUCAUUUAUAAUAUGGACUCUGCAGGGUUUUUAAAGCUCAAAUUAAAACAUUUCCAGUUUAAAUGUCUUCAAAAUGCAUUCUGAAACACAAAAUAUAAAAUAUUUUGAUGUAUAUAGUGGUAAUAAUUAAAUAUUUCCUAAGUAUCGGCAACUUCCGCCAUUAAAAAGGGGGCGUGGCCCACGCCAUGUCGAAAUUAGGCUGAGCCACCUUAUGGUGAUAUGGGUCACUGUGACAAGUGUAACAAACGUGAGACACGACCUACAUCAAUGAAACUUGGCACAGAUAUAGAUCAAUAUCUAAUGCUCAUACAGAUUUAAUCAAAAAGGACCUUAUCUUAUUAUUUCACAAAAAAUUUUGUAUGCGAAGAUGCCUUAUAUAUACCAAAGAUUUUCAAAAUAAAGGUCGAUUGAAAAAAGCAAAAUAGCUGGCUAGAAAUGUAGGCCAAGAUGUCUUCCAAAUUAUAAGGCCGGAAACGGAACUCAAAUAUAUGUGGAAAGAACUAAUUUAAUAAUAAAUAGACACACACAUCGGAAAAUUAAAAACUCGGAUUUUUCGCGCCGACGCCCAUUUCCGAUACAAAAAAAUAGUAGUCUCCCUUGUUUCAUCGAAGUAUCUACUUUAGGUAGGUACUUUGAUAAGAAAAUUCAAACUUUGUGUAAAAAUAAACUAAUGGGAUAGUUGAAUAGAGCUAAUUUUUAACAGAAUUUUAAAACUAAAAUCAUAAUUUAGCUAUUGUAGUUUUAAAGUUAUGAAUUUUUAAAGUACGACUUGGUUUGUCAUUUUUUAACAAACAUGGACUGCACCUCCAAAUUCUGUGACCCAAUUCCGCUGUUCGCGUCACGAGCUAUAUAACUCUCGGUUUAAUAAUAAUUUUAUGUGAUUCAGAACUAAUUCUGUGUUAACAAAUAAUUUUAAUAAUGUUAUACAAUUAUAUAUAAAUUAUAGUUUAUCUAACUAUGCACUAUGUAUAACAAUAAAUUCAAAAUAAUAUAUGGCUUUUCUGUUUACUAAAUCUACAGCGUCCAUUAUAUCGGUAUAUGCUAUAUAGUCAAUAUAAGACAACGCACCCCUUAAAAUAUUGUAUGGGAUCUACUUAUUUUGAACUUUCAACUUUGGCACAUGACUAAUUAACUAAAGCUUUCCCUGACCAAUGAUGUUAAUAGUUUUUGCACGCGGCAAACUCUUAUGAAUGAAACUUGAGGUAGUACUAUGGCAUAGCAUAAGCAAAUGGCUGUGAAUGGUUUCCCAUGACUUUUUGCACACUGUCAAUUCUGAUAGUUAAUAAUAUGGACUCUACCGGAUUUUUAAACCUCAAAUUUAAACAUUCUAGUUUAAAUGUCUUCAAAAUACAUUCUGAAACACAAGUUGUCAAAUAUUUUGAUGUAUAUAGAGGUAAUAAUUAAUGUUUCCUUAGCUAAGUAUCGGCAUUUUCCGCUAUUUAAAAGGGGGCGGGAUCACUAAUCCAAUAUGGCUUGUGCGACCUUUGCAUAACGAGGUCAACGUAGAGGAGAAUUGUGAAAAUGUUUCAUGAGCUACCCCAUUGAAAUUAUGCACACGUGUACUUCAACAUAUUAUGCAGGUCUACUUUUAAUAUGAAAGACCUACUUUGAAUAUUUAGACCGAAUUUUUUAAUUCGAAGAUGCCUUAUUUUGACAUACGAUUUUCCUCACUUAAAGUUGAGAUAAAGAACAAAUUAACUCAAUGGGAAUGGAGUUCAACAUUUCUCGUAACGUUAAUGGGCGGAGUCAAACCUUAAUUAUGGGCCAAAAGUACUCCUAAUUUAUUCAAAUUACAUGCACAUGAAAAAAUUAAAAACUCGGAUUCUAUUUCGCCGACGCCCAUUUCCGAUACAAACUUUCUAGGAGUGUCCCUUGCUUCGGCGGAGUAUCUAACUUUAGGCUCUAGUCUUUAUUUAGACACUUUAUUAAGGCUUUUUUAAUUUUUAAGGCUUAAUUUUAAUUCAUAUCAGAAUCAGAUCAUUUCAUAUUCAUGGCUAUGUAUUAAAAUUUCUAAUUUUAAAAUUACAAAUUACUGCUAACAAAAUUAUGCACUUGAAAUAUAAAUAAAUUAUAACUUUUCUAGCUAUGUAAUGAUUAUUAUUAAAUGCAAUAUGGAUGUUCUGUUUAUUAAGUCUAGCAUCCGUUAUAUAAUUUAUUAUACAUUGUCACAAUUAUAAGGGUUUUCACAAUACUAAUACUAAUAGUAUAGUGUCUAAAUCCAAACCUGUUUUUAAUGUAAAAAAUGUGUCAAUUUUGACAUAGCUUUUGUUAAAGUAUUGUUUUAAUAAUAAUAGUAAUAAAGUUUAUUUCAAAAACAGGCUUCAUCCCCAAAGGCUCGAAGCGCGGUACAAAGUCAACAAAAAACAAAUCUAUAAUUUACCUCAUUUAAAACAAACGCAACACUACAAAACCUAAUUACAAGCAUACCAAGCCAUUGAAAGCCAUUGUGGCUAAUUAAUUUUUUUUUUUAAAUGUUGAAAUUGAAAUACUAAUUUUGAUCUUUGAUUUUGUAUCUUGAAAAUUAUUCAUUAAUAGAUGCUAAAAUGAAAGUGGAAUUUUGGGAUUAUAAUUAAAUUUGCCAAAAUAAUACUUACCGAAAUUUUAAACUUAUUUUUUGAAAAUGAAUUUGUCAGCUUUUAUCAGUGUCAUUGUGAAUUUUGUGAUCUGGAAUAUGAUUAUUGGGUUUUAUAUUGUCUCAUUUAAUUACUAAUUGAACUAGCCAGCUAAAUUUUUGUUUUAAUUUUAACUUUAUUGAAUGCUGCCAUCCAACUUACAUAUAGGAUAACUUGUGUCAUAUUUUGCUUAUUUGGUCCUAAGUAAGUCCACUAGUUUGUUUCCGUCAGUUCCAAAGCUAAAAUGCUUUUGAAAAGACUUUUGCAUUUCGAUAACCAUCAAGCUUCAGUGUGUUCCAGAGCUACUUAAGAUCAAUGUCCAUUCAAUCACACAAUGUAGCAUCCAGAUUAGCACAUCAAAAAAGUUUAGGCCUAAUUCUAUUUUAAUUUAUUUAAAGCUAGUGCUUUAACAUUCAGUUAGGCCUAUUGAAUUAAAAUUACAUCCAAUGAACAAUAGGAUUGGUCAAAGCAUUUUUGUCAUUGAGGUACUUCAGUACUAAGUUUUUUUCAAAUCAGUAAGGUUGCAACUAUUCGUACCCGGGUACAAGAAAUGAGAGUUUGGGAUUAAAUAACGAUUUAAAAUUUUAUUGUUGGGUUUGUAAGACAAAAUGAGAUAUCAAAUGAAAGAUAAUUGAAUGAACUAUAUGUUUGUAAACUUAAUUCUCCAGUUUAAAUAAAAUAAACUACCACAAAUGACAUCCGAAUAACACAGAGUCAAAAUGGACCCAGACACGCAUCGCCGCCAUUCGCACCCGGGUACCAUUAGUCACAGGCUAUUCGGAUGUCAUUUGUGGUAGUUUAUUUUAGUUAAAAUGAAGAAGUAAGUUUACAAACAUAUAGUCCUUUCAAUUAUCUUUCAUUUGAUACCUCAUUUGGUCUUACAAACCCAAAAUAAAAUUUUAAAUAGUUUUUUAAACCCAACCUCUCACUUCUUGUACGUGGGUACGAAUAGCCACUUCGAAUCAGUAAAGUCUAAGCACAGAACAUUUCAAUUUUAAAGCAUUGGCACCUGCACCUGUAUUAUAAAAAAAUUAAAAAAAUUGCAGUGUCUAAUCUUCCAUCCAGAUGAAAAUAUGUACAACCUGCUCUCUUGAACUACUCCUACCAUUGACUUUCAUUCUUAAAAGUUAGGGGUGUGCCGGAUCCGUUUUUUCCAACCGGAUCCGGAUUUUCUUAUGCGAAAUCCGCCGGAUCCGGAUUCCGGUUUCUCCCGGAUUCCGGAUUUUGGUACUAUUGGUAGAUACUUCGGUAAGUCAAGGUGGACUACUACUUUUUGUGUAUGGGAAUUCGCAAUCGGCGCCAAAAAAUCCGAGUUUUUAAUUUUCCGAUGUGUGUGUCUAUUUAUUAUUAAAUUAGUACUUUCGAUAUAUAUUUGAGUUCCGUUCCAUUUGGAUAAGUGUCUUACGAGAGACGCCAUGUUUCUACGCGUUCGCAGCAGGUUAUGCAGCUCGCUCAACCUAAUUUCGCCAUGGGGUUGGCCACGCCCCCCUUUUUAAUGGCGGAAGUUGACGAUACUUAGGAAAUAUUAAUUUAUUAUCACUAUUUACAUCAAAAUAAUUGAUAACUUGUGUUUCAGAAUGCAUUUAAAGACAUUUAAACUGGAAUGUUUUAAUUUGAGCUUUAACAACCCGGUAGAAUCCAUAUUAUAAAUGAUCAGAAUUUACCGUGUGCAACACGUUGUCAUUGGCAACCAUUCACAGCCACUUGCAUAACUGUAUCGUAGUACUACCUCAGAGUUUCAUUCAUAAGAGUUUGCCGUGUGCAAAAACUAUUAAACCAUUGGUCAGGGAAAGCUUUAAUUAAUUAUUCAUGUGCCAAAGUUGAAAGUUUAAACUAAGUCUAAACAGUAUUUUAGUGAUAAGGCAGGGAAUGCGUUGCCUUAUAUAAACUAUAUAGUCAUUGCGCAUGACGGGAUUGGUGGAAUGAGAUCACAGAAUGUGGAGAUGCAGUCCAUGUUAAAAAAUGACAAACCAAGUCGUACUUUAAAAAUUCAUAACUUUAAAACUACAACAGCUAAAAAUAUGAUUUUGGUGUUAUAAUUCUUUAAAAAAUUACAUCUUUUCAACUAUGCCAUUGGUUUAUUUUUACAAAAAGUUUAAAUUUUCUUAUCAAAGUCCCUACACUAUUGGCCACUAUUAGCGGUGCUGACUCUAGCCUCUGGUAUGUACGGAAUAUUAAACAUUAAACAAGCUCAACGCUCGAAACAAUCGAUUAAUGUAUCGUGAUCGUGUGAAAUUCGGGAAAGAGAAUUACUUUUAUUUCAGAUUAUGAUCCGGUGAGUCACAAAAUCUGGCAAAUUCCGAAAUCCGGUAUAUUCCGGAAUCCGGUUGUUCCGGAUACAUGUAAAUCCGGCGGAACCGGAUUUCACCGGAUAGUGCAAAAUCCGGCGGAACCGGAUUCCGGACCGGGGUCCGGCACACCCCUAUUAAAAGUAUGCCAUUUAUUAUGACGUAUAAAUAAUUUUAAAGUUAUCGGCAUUUGUUACACUAAUUUUCUACUUUUAUACAUUUUAAAUAAUUUUAAAUCCUUUCAAAACAUCAUAGAUGCUUGGUAGUGCAGAGAAUAAACCUUCAUUUCUUAAUGAUAAAGCACUUCAACCUGCCAUUGAGAAAGUAUUACUUAAAAAGUUUCCUCUGUACGAUAGCAAAGCUAGUCAGGUUUGUUCCUUUAUUUCCUAUUUAUACAAUUUUUUUCCCACAUUUGAUAUUGAAAUUAAAAUAAAUCCUGGUAUGAAAAUAAUUCUAGCCAAAUGUGAAAUAUUAUUAAUUUAUUAACUUUAAAUGCCACUACUUAUGGGCCAACAUCUAAAUUUAUGGUUUUAAAAAAUAAUUGUUAACAUACAUUGGAAUUAUUUAAGAGUAGCUGGCCUGGCCAACAUUUUAGACCUGUUUUUUUAAAAAUAGUUUAACUCGAUAGCUCUUGUCCUUCUAAAAUUUGUAUGAUCUCCCUUAACCAUGAGCCUUUGAAAAAUGUGUUUCAGCUAACUGUGGUAAACCAGAUGAAAGCAGACAUUGCCAAGGGUCUAUCAUUGUACUACCACACUUUUGUUGAUAUACUGACAUUAAAGGUAUUCUUUAGGAUUAAAUUAGCAAUGGAGGAAAUUCUAACUUAAGUUUAUUUAACUUGAUGCAAGGAGUGCUCAUCUGUCUAUUUUGACUAAUUUGUGGCUGUUUUUUUUAAACUAAGUUCCCUUACAUACUUGACUUAAGGACUGAAAAUAAGCACAUAGCUUCCAAUGGUGGGGAAAUUUUAUCUAUUAAUUUUGAUGGAUCUUUGAUUGAUUUUUUAAGGAAAAAAAAUAAGGUUAUAAUGUUUAAAUGACAAAGUAACAAACAUAUCUAAAAAGUCAAGGAGUGCCCCUAAAUUAUCCAAAGAUUUCUAAAGUAACUUCCCUUAAAAUUGAGUACAACAAAUUCAACUAAAAUUGACAUUCUCCUUUUCACGAAAUCUUUCUACUCAUGUCUUAUUUUACUUAAUGGAUUAGCAUUUAACAAAUUUUUUUUCAUAAAAUUUAAUAUAAUAAUAAAGUAUAUAUUUAUUUCCCAAUUCAUCUGUUUGUCUCAGGAUCAUAUUGUUGAUCUACUGACAACCAUAGAUGCUUGCCAGGUACAGAUGGACAUAGUAAGUAUCAAAUGUAUAGUCAUAUAUUGUUUAGCGCUAUGAAUGUUGUUAAUAAUUUAAUAAAUAAUACUUUAUAUAGGAAUUUAAAGCCAUGUGUGUAAUGUUAUUAUUAAGUAUUUAACUUCAUCAACAAAUGUUUUUAGUAAAACCUCCUGAUUCACUCAUUUAUUUUAUUCCAGACCUUGAACUUUGACCUUACAAAGACUUAUCUGGAGCUUAUUGCAACUUAUGUCUCCAUCAUGAUACUGAUGUCGAAGGUGGAUGAUCGCAAAAUUGUUCUUGCUCUCUACAAUUGUGCGUUUGAGUUCAUGAAUGGAAAGAGGUAAAAAAUUAUACCACAGUAAGUGCAUACUCUUAAAGUCAUCAGUUCAAGACGAAACACAAAUUAUUUACAUGCAAUAUUUUACACAAUAUGUCAUUUACUUUGUACAUUUCAGUGAUCAAAUUUUAGAAAUUAAUUUUUUUAAUACUUAAAUUUAAACAUAUUAAAAUGUCUGCCCUUUGAAACCAAAGUUAACCUUUCAAAUGAACAUGUGAUAAUUAUCUUGUGCUGUAUAAAAUAACAUGCCAGUAGUAAUAAUCAUAUUUUAAAAAAGACCAGGAUGAUUUUUAAAUAAACAAAUCAAAGGGAAUGGUAUUAGUUUUUACACUUGACCUAAAUUAUUAUUUCCAUCGGAACAAUCUAAUGUAAAUUUUCUUCAACAGUGAUCCAUCAUACCACAGAUUAGGGCAGAUGUGUCUAGAAUAUGAUCCACCAAUGAAAAAACUUGCUGAGGAGUUUGUGCCCCACUCUAGGGUAAGUCCAAAUCUCAUAUAUAUAUAUAUAUUUUUUGCUUCUGGUGCAUUCUGCUUCCUCUUAUUAUUGAUAUUAAUAGUACUGAGUGAAAACAAAUACCUGGACCCGGUUUUAAAAAAAAACUGCACCUGGUUAUGCCCUAGUAUUGAUAAUUUUAGCUCACUUCUGCUCCUGAAAGAUCAUUAAAAAGCUUUACUGAGAUGUUUGUAUCUACUUUCACUUAUUACCUUCAUGUGACAUGGUAACUUUCACUUAUUAUCUUCAUGUAACAUGGCCACUUUCACUUAUUACCUUCAUUACCAUGGUAACUUUCUCUAAUUACCUUCAUGUGACAUGGUAACUUUCACUUAUUACCUUCAUGUAACAUGGUAACUUUCUCUAAUUAUCUUCAUGUGACAUGGUAACUUUCACUUAUUAUCUUCAUGAAACAUGGUAACUUUCUCUAAUUACUUUCAUGUGACAUGGUAACUUAUAGUUAUUACCUUCAUGUAACAUGGCCACUUUCACUUAUUACCUUCAUGUAACAUGGCCACUUUCACUUAUUACCUUCAUGUAACAUGGUAACUUUCUCUAAUUACCUUCAUGUGAUAUGGUAACUUUCACUUAUUACCUUCAUGUAACAUGGUAACUUUCUCUAAUUACCUUCAUGUGACAUGUUAACUUUCACUUAUUGUCUUCAUGAAACAUGGUAACUUUCUCUAAUUACUUUCAUGUGACAUGGUAACUUUCAGUUAUUACCUUCGUGUAACAUGGCCACUUUCACUUAUUACCUUCAUGUAACAUGGCCACUUUCACUUAUUACCUUCAUGUAACAUGGCCACUUUCACUUAUUACCUUCAUGUAACAUGGCACCUGUUUGAUUACGUAGCUACUUGUUGGAUAUUGUUACUUUCAUGCUACUGUUGUUUUAAGGCUUGCUUUUGACAUUUGGUCUCAUUUGCUCUGUUUGCUAUGACACUUAUAAUAAUAAUAAUAAUAAGAGGUCUUAUAUAGCGCGGUACCCCAGCCUAGGGCUGGGGUCACCGCGCUGUACAUAAAAAUUUUAUCAAAAGAGACAUAAUCAUGACAUUAAAAUAAAAUACAUUUAUGAAAUAAAGAACAGCAAUGUAUAUGUAUAUAAAUAGUUUUUUUCUAUACUUUCUCUCUUUUACUCUUCAAAAAUCUUAAAUAGUUUGUAAUAUUAUUAUCUCAUUUUUCUAAAUUUGUGCCAGUCCACUUGAUUAGUUUUCACUUUAAUAAUGAACCAUAUUCAUUGCUAUGAAAUUUAUAAAGCUAACACAUUUUUUGUACAAAUAUAGUGGGAUAAUAUUUCAAUGAUUCUGCUGUGGCUGUUAUAAUGUAAAAUUGCAGUAGGGUAGCAUUUCACUGAUCCUGCUGUGGCUGCUGUAAUAUACAAAUAUAGUAUGGUGGUAUUUCAAUGAUUCUGCUGUGGUUGUUGUAAUGUACAAAUAUAGUAGGACAGCAUUUCACUGAUCCCGCUGUGGCUGUCGUAAUGAGAUCUAAUCCUAAAUCAACCCUUCUUUUUUUCCAGCACUUGAUGCCAGCACUCAUGUCCAUUCAUAAAGUUUAUCCUAUGCGCAAUGUGUCUGCUGAGAUGAUGAGAAACCAACAGAUUCUUGCCAUUCUUGCUGAGCCUGCAAAGAUGUCCACUGUACCUGUAACUGACAUGGUGGGUGUCUAUCAUAAGUUUUCAGCUUGUCUGGGGUAAAAAUGGAGGGCAUAGAGUUAAAUCAUUUGUCCACAUAAGUCAUUAUUGAAAUAAAUAAUUAUCGAAAAGCUAUAAAAGUUUAGUCUUGAAUAAAAAACAGAAUAGCAGAGUUAAUAUUGUUCUUUAAUUUAAAAUAUGCUGUAAAGGUGUUUGCUCACUGAUGCUGCUUCUAUGUCCUAAUAACUAAUAUACAAGACAAUGUUUCAGAUCCAGUGCGAAUACUUGUCUCUGGACGCUAUGGAAAGAUGGAUCAUUUGUAAGUAUAAAGUCAUUAGCCAAACUGCCCCAGUGGGCAAAAUAGUAAAUGGGUUGGAGGACUCUGAAUUAAAAAAUAAACGUAUAGUUUUCAAAAGUAAUUUUUUGUCUGUUUAUUUUUUCAUUUUGUAAUUGACGCAACAUACAUUAGAUUUAUUGUAUGCUGUAUUUUUUCCAAAGCACUAUUUAACAUGUAACUUAGUUUAACUUAGGCAGUUGCUUUAUGGUUCAGUCAAAUUAUCUAUUUCCAAAAUGUCUAUAAUUAACCCUAAUCCACAGUCUAACCAUAGUUAACAUAAUCUAAUUUUAUGUCGUCCGAGUUAUUUUUUUUUCUUUUUACCUGGUCCAUAUAGUUGGCCUCAUGCUGUGCUAUCAGAACUUAGGAGACGCACAAGCCUGGGACUUGUGGAAGCAAGCACUCCAAGGCAGCUAUAUCAUCACUUUGUGUCGUAAUGAGGUGCUGCACACUCACAGUUACAUCACUAGUUUCUUUGAGAGCCUAAGGGGGUAAGUGGCUGAUACAGCUCUACUGUUCGUAUAGGAGACCAAUAGUUCUUUACAGGAUAUUGCUAUUUUUUAAACAGGAUUCCACAAGAAGACUAUUUUUAUUUUAUUAUAAUAUAACUCUGCUCAACAUAUAGCAUUAAUUACUAAUUAUGAACAAAUAUGUAUAUACUAUUAAAGAUAAGAUUCAUUUGAAUAUAUAUAAACAUCAUUUUUUUGGUGAUGGUACGCACCAUUUCAGUAUAUUUGCCCCAUUUUUAAACUAAUUGAAAUGAAAAAAUAAGUAAUCUUAAAUAAAAAUUAUGAAACAAUUUUACUAUUUAGUAACUACUAAAAUAAAAAGGAUUUAUAUAAACACAGCUAGGUAGAGGGAACCUAAUUUUCAACAAGCAUUGCGAUUAGGUGUAGAAUAAUGCAAAACUGUAUUCAGAUAUACAAAAAAGUACAUCGCUGUAUUUUGAAUUUAUCGGCUCCGCCCCUUCCCUAGAUCCACUGUCACGCGGGGGUCUUCGGCUGGCUUCUUUGAUUUCUGCUUCCCACCCCAUCUUCGUCUUUCAAAGACUUUUGUAAUCGACCUUUUUUUGACAUGCCUGCCAAUAGUUUAAUUUCUUUAUUAAUACGAUACAGUAUUGUACAAUUUUGAGAUGGUUAAAUACUAUUCUGAAAUGAUAUUGUACUAUUUUCGGAGUUUCAGGGUACCCAGGUCUACAGAUUAAAAAAAAACACAUUUUUAAAGGUUAAUUUUGCUUGAGUCAUAAAGAAAACAACUAUUUCUGUUUCAGACAAAAUAAAAGAGUUGCUGAGCUGAAAGACUUCCAAUUACAGGCUUUAACCAACUCGUAAGUAAAGCACUUAUCUUAAAAAAUUGUACACAAUUAUUAUAUAUUAUAAAUAAUUAUGUAUAUUCUUACCAUGCAUUUUAUUUCUUUACACUCCCUGUUUUUUAUUAACUUCCCCAUACUUACAAAUGCUGCAGUGAGAAAUAAUAGUAGGUACAUUAUUUUCCCGUACAAAUUCUCCUCUUAUCAAAAUACAUGUUAUCUUACAAAUAUAAUUAUAAAUUAUUAAUUCAUAAAAAUUAGAUUGAAAUGAGCCUCAGAUAUGCAAAACAUAUUAAAAGUGCAACAAACUUCAAAGAUUUUCGACUAACUAUUCUUGUUAUUUGUUAAGGCCUGCUUUGCAUAGAGAAAGACGCAAGUUCCUACGCAGCACACUCAGAGACUUGACCCUUGUGUUCACAGAGGAGCCAGGAUUACUGGGCCCCAAGGUGAUGUUAGAUGCUAAUAGUUGUGUGCAUAUCAGGCAUUGUAAGACCAUUGUAAGACCACUGUAAGACCACUGUAAGACCAUUGUAAGACCACUGUAACAUCAUUGUAAGACCACUGUAAGACCACUGUAAGACCACUGUAAGACCACUGUAAGACCAUUGUAAGACCAUUCUAAGACUAUUGUAAGACCAUUGUAAGACUACUGUAAGACCACUGUAAGACCACUGUAAGACCACUGUAAGACCAUUGUAAGACCACUGUAAGACCACUGCAAGACCACUGUAAGACCACUGUAAGACCAUUGUAAGACCACUGUGUUCAAUUGAAAUCAAAUUUUUACACAACAAUGUUUUGUAACUCAUUUGUUUCAUAAUCAAAGGAGUUUUAGAUUUCAAGGGCACGUUUUUCCCCCCAUAAUCUGUUUCUUCUUAUAUCCCCUGUUAUUUCACUAAAAUAUGGCUAGUCUUUGUUUACUUGUUUUUUUAAAUUGUAAUUUAGUGGGGGGGGUGUGUUUAAAAUAGAAAUCUCAUGAAAUUGACUAUUAACUUGCAGGCUAUGUACAUCUUCCAAGGCCUUUCUUUAGCAAGGGAUGAGGUGCUUUGGCUGCUAAGACAUGUAGUAAACCCACCAUCAAAACGACACAAUGUUAAGAUGUCUCCUGAAGACUUCUAUGAUAGGUAGGUUAGAUGGCUAUUGCCUUUAAAAUUUUUGUGAGAUUCGUGUUCAAACUUAUGUUUUCAUAUCCCUGCAGGAUUUAGCCAUCUCUGUUAAUUUUAUUUCUUUACUUCUCUCUAAUUUUGGUUUUGUAAUGAUAAAAUUAGCAACUAAGAGUUGAUUUGUCAGUUGCUAAAUGGAGAAGCUGGGAGUCAGUGAUUCUAACAUUGUGAUUUCUUUUUGCUUAAAUCACAAAUAUUGCUUUGUGUGUCUCUAGACAACUUCCGGAGCUGUUAUUUUACAUGGAGGAGUUGAGAGGUAAUGUCUCUAAUUAAGAAAAACUUCAUGACAACUUUUAAAUCAAAGCCAUUUAGAAGCAUCAGUAAAAGAUGUAUUAUUUUGUUAAUUUGCCAUAAUAAUAAUUUUGUUUUAGCUCUUUAUAUAUAUAUAUAUAUAUAUAUUUAUUUACUAUUUAACUGAAACCCUUCUAUAACUUGAAUUUCAUAUAUAUUACUUGCACUUUUUUUUACAAAAAGUGCUCAAAAUAAACAAAAGAGAUUUUUUUUAAAAAUCUGUUGUUAUUUUUACAAAUAGCUGAUCUCAUUUCUUCAUACUCAAAAAAAAUCCUGCACUAUUCACACAGAAUAUUGAUGAAUCCCGCUUAUCACAUUAUAUAUUAUCCCUCAUCACAUUAAAGCAGAUAUUUUCUGAUAUAAAGAUUUUAUUUAAAAAUAUCUUCUUUGUCUAUAAUUGUCAGCUUAGUUUUCUAUGAUUAUUAUUAUGGUUAUUUGCUUUAUGUUUUUUAAAUAUGCCAUUGACUUUAAAAUUUUGUUUAUUGAUUUGAAAUAUUAACUCCUUGUUCCAGGUCUGGUCAAGAAAUACAAUGAGGUUAUACAGCGUUAUUAUGUGCAAUAUUUAUCUGGCUAUGAUGCUGUUUAUCUCAACCAACUCAUUCAGGUACUAAAUGGAUAAUCAUUUCCAUUUAUUUUUAAAUCAAGUCAGGGAUUGGUUAUUUAUUCCCCUGAUCAUCAUAAAUGAGUUUUAUGUUAAAAAAUAUUUCAAUUUCAGAGGUGUUGAGCUUUGAAUUUCUUUCAUGAUUACAAAAAAAAAUUUUUUUUAAACUUUAAACUUGUAUUCAUUUAUUUUUUAUCAUCUAUUUUUUUAGAACAUCUCCAUGUGUCCUGAGGAUGAGUCCAUUAUUUUAUCAUCAUUCUACAAUAGCAUUGCAGCUCUCUCUGUCAGACAAGGUAUUAAGGAUAUGAUAAUUAUAUUAAUUAUAUUUAAACUUAUUUGAAUAAGCUAGAUGUUUUGCAUGGAAAAGAUAAAAUGUAUUAAAUAAAGUUUUGUGGGAAUGAAAUAAAAAAUAUUAAUGAAGAGCAUAUCAUAAAUGUGAAGAUAAGACAACAGAAUUGUAGUUAUUACAUUUUUUUUAACAAUUAUCAACUAAUGACACACAGUUUCAAUUUAUAAUAUACUUAGAAUUUUUUAAAAUUUCAUUUAAAUAUAAUGUAUCAACAAAAUUACUUAAUGAUAAUGGGACCCUUAGCAUUAUAGUAAUCAAACUAUUUAUUUAUAAAUAUACUAAUUUUUAAAUAUGUUUUGUUUUCUUACUCUCCUCAGUUGAAAAGAAUGAAUUGUUUGAUUUUAGAGGUUUUCGCCUGGACUGGUUUAGACUUCAAGUAAGACACAUAAUUUCCUUCUCUAUAUUAUUAUUUUGAAUUAAGAUUUUCAUACUCACCACCCAACACUUUUAGCCUUUCCCUUUUUCAAUUUAAAAUCUUAAGAGAUUUUUUUUUUCAUUAUGUUUUCUAAAUAAAUUAACAUUUAUUGCAUUGCUAGUAUUUAAGAUAUUUAAGAUCAAAUUAAGCUUUUUAAAUGUUAUUAUGGUGUUGCUUGAGAAUCCAUAGUUUUCUUAUCAUCCGCGUCAUUAUCAUUGCUCUGUCCCAGGCUUACACGAGUGUCAGCAAAGCAGGUUUGGAACUAAAGAACCAUCAGGACCUUGCCAAACACAUGAACACUGUGGUGUUCCACACAAAAAUGGUGGACUUCCUGGAUGAGAUGAUCAAUGAAACAGGAGAUCUUUCCAUUUAUUGGUAAAGGAAUUCAACCCUUUUUGUUAACAAUUUGAUUAAGAUUGCAAGGUAAAUCAAAAUUUAAAAAAAAAAGUGAAAUAGUCAUUCAAAAAAUUAAGCAUAGUGACUCACACUUGUUUAUUAGAUAGUAUAUAGUCUACAUGUACAAAAAUCUUUUUCCUAUUUUUAUUUAUCACUCAGUUUCUACACAACUCUGUUUGAGCACCAGUUCAAGCAGUGUAUGGAGUUCCUUGCCCAGCAUCGCUACAGCAUUAUCUUCCCCAUGAUUUGUGGGCAUUUCAUGAAUGCUACUCACAGUCUCUGUCCUGAAGAGGUACGCUUGGAAUUUAUAGGACACUGAAAUAGGCUAGAUACUUUUUUUUAAAAAGUGAAAAUAAAUGCUUUUGACCUUCAAUGAACAAGUAUUUUAUCCAAUAUUUAUUUUACUUCUGACUCUUGCCUUCUCCAUCCAUUAUUAAAAGUUGCUUUUCUUUAUUUUCUAAGCUACCAGCAAAGCUUUUUUUUUCUUUAAAUAGAUGAAAGCUAGUGUAAGAAACAAGGGAAAAUUAUAAUUUUUAAUGACUUAUGUUGCCCCUCAAUUUGAUUUAAGUUGAGCUAAUAAUAAAAAUUACCACCUGGUUUCAUAUUAACCAUAUUUGAAAGUGUAUAUUUGUUUGGUCAUCACAAAUGUAUGCCAAAUAUUUUCAACACAUUUAUCAUUGAAUGUAGAAAUGUGCUUUUUUUUUAAUGCUUCUCUCCCAACAUUUCCUGCUUAGUAAAACACAAAAUGUGGGGAAACUGUGCAAGGGCAUAGGUCAUAACAAAAAGCAAUUAUGGGAAGCGCAAAAUAUGUAUUAUUAACUUCUAGUUUUCUUAGUUGAAAUAACUGCAUAUUGAUGAACAAUUUUAUUUCUAGAUUAUAACCUUUGACACAUUUUUUCCCACUUAAAAUAUUAGUAAUCUUAUUUAGAUAAUCAGGUUUCAUAAUUUUUCUUUAUUAUUUUUCAUUGGGAAAGCUGUUACAAACUUGUCUAGAUUUUGACUUCAUUACCAGGGUAUUUGAAGCAGUAUAUUUACAAUAAUAAGCAUUUUGGUAUAUUUUAUUGAAAAGACAAAGCUGCAGUAGUUUAAAAUGUAAUUUUUUACCUUUGUUGUUGUUUGUAUGGCUUUCAACACUUGUCUCCUGUCUGACCACAAUGUUCAUAAAAUAACCUUUCUGGCUUUUUUUUUUAUUUAUUGAAAUAUUCUAAUGAUAGAUAUAAACAAAUAUAUAUAUACUUUAUCAAAUAUGCUCAUCCAUAUAUAUAAAUAUAUAACUGACAAUGGAAAUUCUCACAUAUAUAUAUAUAUAAAAUGAUAUUAAACCUCUGUUAAACCUCUGACUUCGGACACAUUUUGCUUGUAAAUCUACUCUAAAACACCUAUGAUACUAUCUUGAGACUAGUCACAUCUUGCUGAUCAUUGUAAAACCCAGACAAAUCUGUACUUCUAGAAUGUAUUACCUAUGUCAUCACAACCUCAUUGCCACCUUCACCACUCAUUGCUACAAUUAGCGCCACUCCAUCGGCACCACUAGUGUCCAGUAUGCCCACUGGUUCUUACGGGAGAUGUCUGAGGAGGUCAACCAAGUGAUCACCUCUAUUUGUGAGGAACAGUGUAUGCUCAACUAUAAGGUAACCACGGCGAUGGUACACAUGGAAUUGGGUUUGGUCUUAUGUCAGAUUAAUGUAAAAUAUAAGUAAGUGUUGUAAAGUAGGUCAAUUUUUUAAUGAUCUGAAAUUUUUCAAGGUUCGUAUCAGCUCAGUAGGAAGACUUUAUUUAUGUUAAUCAGAUGGUUUAAUGGUCCUUGGAAUAGUAAAGUGUAAUGAAGAGAAGUAAUAUGAAAUUUGUCUACUGUCUUAAAUAGUAUUAAAGAAUAACGACGACACCCCCCCCCCCUUUUUCCUCCGAUGAAAAAAUAAUAAUAAUUUCUCUUGGCUUAAAUUAAUGAUGAUAUUUUUUUUUAACAAAAUACUAUUUGAUCAAAGUAAUAAAGACUGCAUCCAUGUUGCUGUUACCUCACAUAGUAAUAUAGUAUAUUGAUCCCAGCAAAAAAGGUAGGUUUGCCGUGAUGAUCCACAAUUUCUUAUUUUUGCCCUUGUCAACUCAAUAUCUGCAUGUUUGCCCUUGUAAUUUAUUCACUCAGACAUGGCAUAUGGGUUUUCCUAUUGAUCUAAAACACUGGUGUAGGACAAAGGCAAAACUUAACAUCUGUAAAAUUUUAAAUUUUGAUGACUGAUGAAAAGUACCUUUUUCAGCUAACCAUGCCAAGUUGAUACCAUGAACUCUGGUUGGAAAGCUUUUCUCUUAUGUAUCUCUGAUUUAUUAAUUUUGUUUUAGUUUGAGUCUGUUAAAGUAAUAGUUAUAAAGAGAGAAGAAAAAAAUUAUGGGAAGUAGUAAAUUGAUGUACUAAUCUGGGCUGUUAUUUAUUACAAUAAAUGUUUCACAAAUAUUUAUUUGUGGCUAUUAAAUAAAAACAUGAGUAUUACACAAAGAUGAUUUUAUAAUAGUCUGUUGGAAAUUCUUUCAUCCUAAACGGUAGGUAAACCUCCUGCAUGAUUUUCUUUUCAGUACUGUUGUCACCUUCACUCUGUUACACCUUUACCUAUGCACGAUCAUCAUUUAUAGUAAUUUAUUAUCUUAUUUAAUUGCUAACAAAAAAUGUUUCAUUUAACAGUUUGAAUUUUCUUACAAACUCCAACUUCUGAAAUUUGAUUUGAUUUGUUUGAUUUUUUUUUUUUUUUGUGGGGUUGAAUUUAAGACACACGUAAGGCGGCCAUUACUUCAUAUUAAUGAGCACACACUCAAUCUUACAUGAUUAUUUUCUUACUGUGAAGAAUAAAUGGGUGGUUAUUAAUUUCUUGCUGUAAGUAUAUAAAUGCUAACUUAAUCUGUAGUAUAUGCUUACUUUAAGCUGUAGUAAAUGCUUACUUUAAUUUGUGCUAAAUGCUUACUUUAGUUUGUGGCAAAUGCUUACUUUAAUUUGUGGUAAAUGCUUACUUUAAUCUGUAGUAAAUGCUUACUUUAAUUUAUAGUAAAUACUUAAUUUAAUCACUGCUUAAUUUAAAGGAUCCACUGCUUAAUUUGAAGGUUCAUUCAGCUGAGAAUAUAUUAAAAGUUACAUUUUUAAUAAUUAUUUUUAAACGAAAUUACAAGAUUAACAAACUAACUUAAAGUCAGUUCUAGUUCUGGUAUUAUCAUUAAAACACAGACAUUUCUAGCUCUGGUAUUAUCAUUAAAACACAGACAUUUCUAGUUCUGGUAUUUUCAUUAAAACAAGACAUUUCUAGCUCUGGUAUUUUCAUUAAAACAAGACAUUUCUAGCUCUGGUAUUAUCAUUAAAACAUGGCCAUUUUCAUUAUCCAAAGUUCAAUUUGUUGGAAGAAGAACUGAAAUUCUUGAAUUUCAAGCAAUAAAAAAUAUUUAUUUUAGACAGCUUUGUUGUAAAUGGACUCAGUAUGUAGCAAAAUAUAACACUGAAAAGUAUUACAAUUCAGUAAUAGUUGAUGUAAUGGUAUUGAGUCUGUGUGGCCUUGCAAUAGAAGUAUUUCAUGUAUAACUGUAGAAGCAUGUUUGGGGCAGGAUUUUUAUCAUGGCUUGUACUUGUGUCUCCCAAUCACCUACCCUGUGAUCUCACCAGCGGAUCUCAGUAGGCAGGUCAAGCGUCAAAUAUGCCCACUGGUUCCUGAAAGAGAUGGCUGAGGAAGUCAAUCAGGUCAUCACAAAUAUCUGUGAGGAGAGUGUGCAAAUGGACCACAAGGUAGGAGGAGGCUUGAUCUGUAUGGUGUCAGAUUCACCUAAUGUUACAUGGUGACACCUUUUAAGUAAGGGUGCUGGGGGGUGAAAUUCACCUUUCAAUGUGACGCCCAAUAAGAAAGGGGCUGAGGGUUGUUUUUUCAACUUGCCAAUGUGACACAACUUUGGGGAUGUUGCAUUUUAACUAUUUGUUCAAACAAGUGUUUAUCUCAUAUUAGUUUUAAAAAAUGUUUGGUAAUCUGAUGGCAAUCCAACAGUUGACACUGUCAAGAAGCGUUUCAUCUGUAUGGCCAAGUCUUUCACUUCAUUCCGUUCGGCAGUACAUCAUACAGCAACAGUCACCAAUGCAACAAACAUCAACCGGUUCGUUGUAAACAAAAGUUUAUUUAACCACAAUUCACAAACCAAGGCUGAUACUUAAUGUCGAAGCAACAAUCGAAUCCUUUCAGCACAACUCUUCAUUUAAUUAACCGAAAUUUCCAAACUAUGUUUGAUACUUAAUUUCUCAGCACAACACUUAUCAGUAUUCAAUUCACAACAGUCCAUGUAGCACAUCCGCCAUCUAUCUUCUCUAACAACAGCAAAACUAACGCGUCACUUUCCACUACACAAUUACGUCAUAACACUCUCACACAAACGAUACGGCUGCACAUAAAAUCUCUAACUAACUUCUUUUCCCUAUCACACAUGACAACAACGCUCUACACAUAACAACAGUGAUUCUCAUACCCUCGACAGACACUAGUGAGCUUACCAGCAUUCAAGUGUACAACUUUGACUUGUAUGUCAUUUGUUUGUGGUGUUAUGUACAGUAAUGAUGAACAUUCUGGUAUCACUUAAGAAAAAGAUGAUGGCUAUUAAGAAUUAUUAUAAAUAAUUUAACCAGUUCUUCUUAGACAAUGAACAAAUUUGCACCACACAGAAAAUUGGAAAUGGAUUUUUUUUAUAAAGUCUUGAUCCUGUUUUCGUUGUUACAAGUAUGUGGAUGCCAACAAGAUGGCGGAACACAAAAUAAGAGUACAAAAAAGGACAGUAAUUAAUUAGAAAAAUAUUAAAAUUUGUGGAAAAACACAGAAACCUAGAGGCAGAUGGCUCUCCGGUGGACCAAGACUGAGAUGGAUCGACAAUGUAGAGAAGGACUUACACCGGUUGGAGGUUCGCGCAUGGAGGCGGAAAACCAUGGAUCAAUCCAAAUGGAAGGAUGUGGUGGAGCAGGCUAGGGCCCUGAAUGGGCUGUAGCGCCACUAAUGAUGAUGAUGUGGAAAAAUACAAUAAAGACUUUAGCCAAGAUGUUUUCGGAUAAGUAUAAAUUAUUUAGAGAAUCUGAACAGCUCCUUAUGCUGCCAUCGUAUCCAACAACUUUAUAAUCAUAUAAUUAUUCUCCUGACCCAAUGUCUUGUGAGCUUGCCUCAAGACACGGGCUUAACUUGACGAUGUGUCUACCUCAAUGAUGUGUCUACCUCACAUUGAAGACUGGACCUGGUGGACCAUUGCAAGACUGGACCUGGUGGACCAUUUCAAGACUGGACCUGGUGGACCAUUUCAAGACUGGACCUGGUGGACCACCCUAAAGAAAUUCUUACAUGAUCCAAUGGUUGGAAAAACGGGGGCAACAAACGUGAUGUGGAAUGCAUAAAGAGCACAGUGAGUCACAAAAAGCACUGCUGGUCUUCCACUGCAUCUUAGUCUAUUUCCAGUCAUUUUGACUAAGACUUGCCAUCUGAUCAAAAAAGGCAAGGACGAGAAAGUAAGGCAGACGAAUUAAACAACUCUCCCUCACCUUAAUCAAAAUAAAUCGCAUGUCAGGGCUGUUACCUGUAGAUGUUUAAGCUGCCCUAUUCGCCACGCCCUUUUGUUAAUCUCAACCGAGAAGGAUGUCAGAAAAUGUGCUCUAGUUAGAAGUUGAGUUGCUCCCCUCUAUAAGGUACUGUCCCAAUGAUUAAUCUAGGAUGUGUAUAAAGAAAUAUGAAAAUCCUCUCAGAGGAAACAGAGGUAACUUAAUUUAAAUGUUAAGAUAUUUUUAUAAUCCAGGAUGUUGGCAGGUUUGAUAUGUUAACUGUAAUAAGGUGCUAUUGUUUCCUUCACACUUGAAAGCAUUGUUUUAUUUGUAAACUGUAAUAAAAAAUUUUAUCGGCUUGAUAAUGUUGUUCAUAAAGAUUUAUCAUUGACUAUGUAUUCCUGAUGUGUUAACAAAGUGAACCCAAAUAUGUGACUGUAUGAGGACCUUUAUCUUUCUUUGAGGUUUGAUUUUUUUUUGCCCAUUGGUUAUUGCCUGAUUCUUACAUAUUUUUUUAAAACUUCCUACUGAGCUGUUAGCACCAAUAAAUAAACCUUGUCCGUUACAAGAAAAUACAGAUAGAACAAGUUAACAUUUCAUAUAUAUAUCUUUUUUUAAAAACAAUUUUUUUAAACUUUGACUAUUCAUUAUAUCAUUUUUAUCAUAAAUCUAAUUAGAUUUUGACAGUAUCCCCCCCAGACCUGAUGUGGUCAAGACAAUACUAGUGGUGGGUUUUGAAAGUUGCAGUAAACCAUUUGAAUUUCACAAAUGAACUCCUUUAUCACAGCUCCUCCCUAAACAUAGUGCAGCCAUCAUCUUGUCUCAAAGACAGAAGUCCAAAGACAAGAAGGAGAAAAAGUUUCAGGAGCCUGAAAAGCCUGGCCAGGAGAGUGUCCGUAAAAACAGAGAAAACUUUACUAGGUGGGUGACUUUGUCAAGUAAAAGGAAAGUUGUCUUUGAAUAGGAAAUCUUAAGUGUAUCAUUUUGAUUUUAAGGAAAUCGUUGCAUCAACAAACAAAAAAUUAUUAUAUAUUGUAUAAGAUUACAACUUAUAAUGUAUCUCAAAUAUUAUUUGCAAAACAAGGUAAAUGCAAUAAAAUCUGUUUGUAUACAAGGAAGAAAGAAAGAAAGAAAUUUUGGUCAAUUUCAGAAUGGAUAAACUUCACAUGGCAUUGACAGAUCUUUGCUACGCCAUCAAUUACUGUACAGUGAUACAAGUGUGGGACCACGGCUUUGUGCCACGAGAGUUUUUCCUUCAGCAUUUAGAAACCCGGUUUAACAAGUAAUUUUAUUGACAGACUCAUUGACUAAAGUUAUUACCUUAGAGCGCCUACAUUGUGGCUGCUGCAAAAUUUGUUUUUGUAAUACACAAUGUCCUAAGAAAUAGCUAGAAGUUUUGUUUAGUUUUUAGUCAGCUAUAGGACAAUUACUUUGUAAGUUUGUCAACUCUUAGAACUAUGAAACUGAUCUCCACAGAGCUCUUGUUGGGAUGAUGAUGUACAACCCUGAAACCAAUGAGAUUGCCAAACCUUCAGAACUGCUCAAUGGAGUACGUGCCUACAUGAAUGUUUUACAGAGCAUUGAAAACUAUGGUAAGUCAGUGUUAGGAAAUUACAAUUUUAUACCAAUUACCCUCAUCAUCAUCAUCAAUGGCACUACAGCCCAUGUAGGGCCCUGGCCUGCUCCACCACAUCCUUCCAUUCGGAGCGAUCCAUGGCUUUCCGUCUCCAUGCUCGAAUCCCCAACUGGUGUAAAUCUGUCUCCACAUCAUCAAUCCACCUCAUCCUUGGGCGACCGAUGAGUCGUCUGCCCCUAGGCUUCUGCCUGUAUAUGAUUUUGGCUGCUCUGCAUUCCGGCAUCCUUUCAACAUGACCUGCCCAGCGUAUUCUGCCUUUUUUUAUCAUUGUGACUAUGGGUGGUUCUUUGUACAAAUCGUAAAGUUCUUGGUUUGUACGUAUUCUCCAGGUAUCAUUUUCUAACACUGGAAGGAUUUUCCUCUCCCAUGUGUUGAGCAGGUUCUCUGCUUUUCUGGUGAGGGUCCAGGUCUCACUAGCGUACGUUACUACAGGUCUUAUGAUGGUGGUGUAUAUUGUCUUCUUUGUUCCCCUUGAUAAGUUUUUGUUUCUCAGUAGCUUUUGUAGACUGAAAUAGGAACGGUUGCCUGCUGUUAUCCUUUCUUUCACCUCUGUCAUUAUCUCAUUGUGCUCAUUUAUAGUUGCCCCUAGAUAUUUGAAUGUGUCCACUCUCUCAAAUUUGUGGUUGUUUAUAUUGAUGUUAUCAUCAGCAUGGGAGUUUCUUGACAUUAUCAUAUAUUUUGUCUUCGGUUCAUUUAUAUCAAGGCCAGCUUUGAAUGAGGCAUUUUCUAGUUCCCUGAAUGCUUUAAUUACGUCAUUACGGUUUUUACCCAGUAGUGCAAUAUCAUCUGCAUAUGCCAGGUACUGCAAUGGUUGGCUAUAUAAGGUUCCUGAUGGUCGUUGCUCUGUAGUAUCUCUCUGGAAAUAGUUUGUUAUGGUUCCACUGGUGCUAAUGUGAAUGCUUCUAAUAACUUUUUCUAGCGUGAUGUUAAACAGGAUACAUGAUAGUGAGUCUCCUUGUCUGAGGCCCCGAUUAACUAUGAACUCCCUAGAAUAUUCUCCCUGAAUCUUGAUUCUGCUUUUGGAGUUGGCCAUUGUCAUGUGUAUGAGCCGAGUAAGCUUGUUAGGGACUCCAAGUUCUUGUAGAGCAUUGUAUAAGUAAUUCCUGUUUACACUAUCGUAUGCUGUUUUGUAAUCCACAUAUAGUUGGUGUAUGUCGAUGUUAUAUUCGUAGCAUUUCUCCAGGAGACUUCUUAUAGUAAAAAUAUGAUCCGUGGUUGACCUAUUCUGCCUAAAUCCACAUUGAUAGUCCCCUAGGAUCUGUUCACUGUACUUUUCCAAUUUUCUCGCUAUAAGUUUGUGAGGAUUUUGUACAUUACAUUAAGAAGGGAGAUACCUCUAUACUUUGAGCAUAUCAACUUAGAUCCCUUUUUGUGGGAUUAUGAGUGUCGUGUACCAUUUAGUUGGCAUUUCUUCCUCCUGCCAGAUUCUGGUUAUAAGUUCGUGUAUUUGCCUAUGCAGUUCGCUACCACCUAGCUUUAUGAGUUCUGCAGGGAUAAGGUCUAUUCCUGGGGCUUUGUUAUUUUUCAUGGUGGAGAUUACAUCUUUUAUUUCAUUUAAAGUUGGUUGGUUGACCAGUGGGUCCGGUCCUCCUUGUGGCGGGGCGUAAUCCUCAUUGGUUCCUCCACCUGAGGCAUUCAGUAAGCCUUCAAAGUGUUGUGCCCCUCUCUAGUACUCUACUGCUCUCUGUCAUCAAUUCUCCAUCCGUGCUUUCACACAUGUGGGAUCUUGCUUGUGUGGGAUCUUGCUUGAAAGCCAUUCUUUUCCUGCUUUAUCUUCAGGUACACUCCCCUCACAUCUCUUUCUUUUGCCAACUCUUCUAUCUAUACUAUUUUUUAUUUUUCCCAAACACGUUUUUUCUUUCUGCAAAUUUUGCUGGCCACUCUUCUUGCUUCAUUAUAUAAUUGUCGCGUUCUUCUUGUUUCCCUUUGCAGCAUCAUUAGCCAAGCUUUGUUUCUUUGUUCUAUAAGUUCUUUGCAUUCUGCGUCAUACCAUCCUGUUCUUUUCACUGCUGGUUUAAAUCCAAUCGUUUCCUCUGUUACACUUGUGACUAUUUGCUUCAUCUUUUCCCAUUGCUGAUUUAUAUCAACGUUGCUGGCUGAUUCUCUUUUGUAUAAUUCUAGUUGAGUUUCAAUCUUCUGUUGAUAUUCCUCAGUAAUUUUUGGGUCCCUACUCAGUUUCUGACAAUUGUACUGUUUUUCUCUUUUAUUUUGUUUAUUGUGGAUGUUACAGAUUCUUUGCUUAUAUUUGAUUCUAACAAGCAUGUGGUUUGAGUGUAUGUCCGCCCCUCUACAACUUUUCACAUCUGAUAUGUCCGAGCCAUGCCUCCGGUCGAUGAGUACGUGGUCUAUUUGAUUACGGAUAAAUCCAUCUGGAGAUAUCCAUGUCGCUUUAUGUAUUUGUUUAUGUUGGAAUACUGUGCUACUGAUUAUCAUUCCUUUUACAGAGGCGAAGUCUAUAAGACGUGUCCCGUUGUCAUUGCUCUCAUCAUGCAUACUUUCCUUUCCGAUUGUUGGUCUGUAGACUAGUUCUUUCCCAAUUUUUGCAUUGAAAUCGCCAAGGACUAUUUUGAUAUCAUGUCGUGGAGCCUCAUCAAAUACUCUUUCCAGUGUUUCGUAGAAAGUUUCCUUCAUGCUUUCAUCUGUAUCUUCCGUUGGGGCAUGUGCACAGAUCAACGUGAUGUUAAACACUUUUCCUCUAAUCCUUAUGGAGCAUAAUCUUUCUCUCACUGGUUUAAACCCAAUGACUGCAUUUACUGUCUCUCUUUUGACUGCAAACCCUGUUUCUAAUGUAUUUGUGUUGUUUCCACUGUAGAAUAUUGUAUAUUCCUUUGUAUUUAGGAUAUCUCAGUCUUUCCAUCUAAUCUCCUGUAGUGCCGCAAUCGCGAUUCUAUAUCUAAGUAAUUCCUCACUGAGGCGGGCCAAGGCCCCUGCUCUGUAUAAACUGAGUACAUUCCAAGUCGCUAUCCAAAUUUUAUGUGUGUAGUCAGGCAUGGGUCGAAAUCCAUAAAUAUCAGUCCGUUUUUCUGAUUGUGGUUUCACUUUCGUAACAUUAGCUUUUUUACGUGACAGGGUCGUCAGCCCUGGCGCACAACCGUCUGGGGGAUGCCCCUUGCAGCUCUCAGGGUAGCUGCCUUUGAUAUUGGGUCGUGUCCCUAGCCUUUGUGGAUCCCUCCACUUCCUACAAGGCAGUAGGUACUGAUUUUGGUCCGCCCCGGGUAUUUUAUUUCCCCAGUACCCUCCAUAUCUGGUGGGCUUUCCCCUAUCCGCCACCUGGGGAGGCGCUCGAUGGAAGAUCAGUAUCUCCUCACGAGAUACCAAUUACCUACAGUUUCCAAACUAACAAAAGAACUCAUUUAUGAUGAAUACCUUUUGAAAUCCAAGUAAAAUGUUAUGCUUUUUUUUAACAUUAAGAAAAAUAGUUUGGUCCAUUGUUGAGAUAUAAGAUGUGUCAAUUUUUGAAAGUGAAAAAAAUUAGCUUUGUCCCAUUAUUAUUAUAUAUGAUUAUGAUAUUAUGUUUUGUGUUGUGUAUUUUAUAUGUUAGAUAAGGAAAGAGCAUUAUAAAUAUCUCCAUGCUUUACAGUUCACAUAGACAUCGUACGAGUGUUCAACAACGUGCUUCCCAUGCAGACACAGCCCACUGACGCUAAUGGAGAGAAGACAAUCACACACAAUUACACUCAUUGGUAGGUUAGGCUUAUAGGAACUAUCAAUGGUGGUGCCAGAUCUUUGGCACUUUAAAACUUAUUAACAAUUUUAAGAAGGUAAGAGGGGGGGGGGGAAUAUUUGCAAUUAAUUAAUACAUUGUCUGUUUUAUUCCAGGUAUCUUGAGGUACUGUUGAUGCGAGUGGCAUGCAAUGCAGGUCAGAUAGUUUUCUCACCAAGCAGAAAAGCCUUCGUUACUGUCUCCCAGGGGGAUGGAGUUCUCAUGGCAGCUGAGGAGUAUGCUGAUCUGACAGGUGAGAACCAGGUCUCAGGUGUUCAUUGAGAUUAGCUGAUUCAGCAUGGGGUGUGAAAUAAGUUCAGCUUUUAUAAUGUGUGCAGUACAUGGCACUGAAUGGACAGCUUAUAAACUGAGUCUGCUAUGUAGUUUGAGCUGAAGCCAUUUUUGGAACGUGGAGACAACAGAACAACGUAUGAACAAAUAAUUUUUGUUCAUACCAUGAACAAAAUUUCUAAUAACUUUUCUUUAUAAUUGGGUGGUAAAAUUUGGAAUAUUAAAGGCUGCGACUAUUGGCAUCCGGGUACCAGAAGUGAGAGGUUGGGAUAAAAAAACUAUUUAAAAUAUUAUUGUUGGGUUUGUACGACAAAAUGAGGUAUCAAAUGAAAGAUAAUUGAAUGGACUAUAUGUUUGUAAACUUAAUUCUUCAGUUUAACUUAAAUAAACUACCACAAAUGACACCCGAAUAGCAUUUAAUCAAAUGGACCCGGACACGCAUCGACGCCAUUCGCACCCGGGUCCCAUUAGACUCAUGCUAUUAAAUGAUGAUAAGACUGAGCUGCUCCCCAUCGCGACCGCUCAGAAGCAAAAAUCUGCAAAUAACACUACAUCCAUUACUCUCUCAGGUGUGCGUAUUGAGUUAGCUCAAACAGUGCGGUACCUGGGUGUCUACCUAGAUGGAAGACUAACUUUUGAAAGUCAUAUUAACAUGCUAUGCAAGGCGAUUUUUCUAGAGCUGCGCAGGAUUAGUCACAUCAGGCCCUUCCUAACAAUUGAUGCAACAAAGAGGCUGAUGUCUGCAUUUGUGCUAUCACGCAUGGACUAUUGCAAUGCUCUUAUGGUGGGUCUUCCAGCUACGCUCCUGGAUAAAAUUCAAAUAGCACAGAAUAAUGCGGCUCGCAUUGUUCUCCGCAAACGCAAGUUUGACCAUGCAAAAACACUUCUGAGAGAGCUGCACUGGCUGCCAGUGCGUGCUCGCAUGGAGUACAAAAUCGCAACUUUGUGCUACCGCUGCUUACAUGACCUGGCGCCGUCCUAUCUGAAAGAGCUGCUGACGCCUUAUGUACCCACUAGAGAGCUCCGCUCAUCCGAUAGUGGCAAACUCUCGACACCACGUGUUCGCCUUGAGACUUACGGAAAGCGCACUUUCGCAUUUGCUGGUCCAACAAUUUGGAAUGCCCUUCCUGUCGAUCUCAGAAACAACCAGACACUGGAGUCCUUUAAAACCGAUUUAAAGACACAUCUAUUUCGCAAACACCUUCUGUGAUGAUUGUCAACAUUAUUUUCCAGUUAAUGCAUAAUGGCUGUGUUGCUUAUGGUUGAAAUGGCUAGAAAGACUUUGCCAUUGUAUGCUUGUACUUAGUUUUUGUCGUGUUGCGUUUGUUUUAAAUGUGGUAAACUAUAGAUUUGUUUUUUUUUUGACUUUGUACCGCGCUUCGAGCCUUUGGGGAUGAAGCGUGUUUUUGAAAUGAACUUUAUUAUUAUUAUUAUUUGAUACCUCAUUUUGUCUUACAAACCCAACAAUAAUAUUUUAAAUAGUUUUUUAAUCCCAACCUCUCACUUCUGGUACCCGGGUGCGAAUAGCCACUUUGAAUAUUAAAAGGCAGUUUAUCAGAAAAUGAGACCUCUGCUUUGAAGUGCAAUGAUCAAAUAAAUCUGACACCACUAAGGGGGAGAGGGUGACAUGGAUCAACUGACAUUUAACAAAAGCUGUUGACAUUUUCAUCAUCAUUAUUUUAAUGUCACCAGAACUCCGUGCCCUGGCAGAGUUGAUAGGGCCCUAUGGCAUGAAAUAUCUAGGGGAGAGACUUAUGUUAAACAUCGCUGGACAAGUUGAUGAAAUCAAGGUUGGUAAAUAAAUAGGUGCAUUUCACGAAUACAGAUUUAUUUACUUGAGUAAUUGGAGGUAGUCAUUGUUUGUAGAGCUUACUUGGGCUAAAGAACAUCACUUUUGCCUUAGAUGAGGACACUUACCUCUUUGGAUUGGCUUUUAAAUGAAAACUAUUUAAAUUUAAAAAAUGUCUCAGAUCAUAAAAUAAGUUCAUGCAGACUUUGGUCAACAGACUUCAAUUGUAUUCUUCUUUGUAUCAGUUAAUGUUAACGUGAAUCUGGUAUUGAAGUUGUUGGAGACCUGACCUUAUUUCUCUUAAACAUCUCUAAUGUGAGGCUGGACGUUUGUCUCUAACAGAAGCUAGUGGUGGCCAACAAAGACACCCUUGUACAGUUGAGGAGCAGCUUCGACAAGCCAGAGGUCAUGAGCAUUCUGACACGCAAGCUAAUGAGUGAGUACACUGCCACCUGGUGGUCAAACCUUCUUUAGUAUUCUCACAUUUCUGCCAGACGAAUAAAUUUAUUUGGCACUAUAGGUAUAAGAAAGGGUCACUUUUUAAAAUUGAAACAAAAAGAUCAUAUUUACUCUAGUCCUGGAUUUUGGAUCUGUCAACCGUUAAAAGAUCAUCAUUUAUGAAAUUAGAUAUUCCAUACAUAAAUUUGAAAGCAAAUCAAUUUUUUCUACAUCAUCAUGGCUCUGAAAGAUAUGUUUCUAGUAAAUUUAAUGCCUUUUGUCAAAUCAUAAAUGACAAAUUAUUGGAAGGACCAUUAAGUAGAUGUAAUAUCAAAUUUUGGUCAUGCUGGGCCAGUUAGGCCUACUAUGGCAAAAUUCCUUCUCCUCUCUUCCCUCAAGUCUAUUGGAAUGUGUGUCAAACAUAACCACUGAUGAUCUAAUCAAACACUGGCAUGAUUUACAAGUUUUUUCUAAAAAUGUAACAAGUGGUCCUUGUUGCCUUAAGGUCUCACCAUAAACGUCCCUUUGUUUUAUAACAUCAUGCAACCCAAGUGCAUUUUUGAGUAAGAGAUUCAGUCUAAGGUCUGGAUGUCGUAACAUAACUUUGUAUUAAUGUACUCUAGAAAAUGAAAAUAUUAGCCUAUUGUGGCAUGUCAUGAUAAACUGGUUGAUCUCUCAGCUUCCAUGUAGUGGUGAUGCAUUGCGAUGUUACUGAAUUAGGGGGUAGCUACCUUAGUUUGUCUGAUAUGCAGAUUGGUAGUGUGGUAAUGGAAUGAAAUAUUGGCUAGUUCAUAUCUCAUAUGUACUGCUGCAUUGAUGAGUUACCUUGUUUGAAUCAGUCAUCUGUAGUGUCAACAACAUAUCUUUUUUUCUAGGCUUUAUAAUAAUAAAUCAAUAAUGAUUAAUGAUUGGGUUAAUUAUGAUUUUAAAACUUUAAUUUGAUUAAAUCAAAAUGGAAAGAACUCUCUUUUCCUAAAAAUACCAUAAUUAUUGUUAAAACCAUUUUGGCUUCAAUUUUGUUGGUUCAGUUAAGUUUAGCAUCCAUAAACCCAAACCCCCCCCCCCCUUCCUAUUGUAUUGCCUUACUUCGGUGAUGUUGCCUCCCCUCUCUCAAAUGGAAUUAUUUUUUACUAUGGCAAAGGAAAUUAUGUUGUAGUUUUUCUGAUAAUUUUAUAGCAUAAACAUACAAUCUGUAGUAUAAUAAUUUCCCUUUUCAUCUUGUAAUACUAAUACGCUCCAUUCCCACCUCUCAUGAUAUCGUAAUAUUUUCCCCAUCUACCCCACUUGUGAUGAUACAUUCUGUAAUCAAUGUUCUUGUUUCUGCCACUCAAAGCUCCAUACAAGAACGCUCCUUGUGGUAAGUUUAAUUCUGCAAGCCUUUCGAAAGGUUUGUUUACCUGUGUGCCAGCACAUAAAACUAUAAUAAGUCUUAUUUGUUUUUUUAAACACAUUUGUUGUGCCAGCACAUUCAACUAUUAUAAUUCUGUUUAUUUUAUUAAACACAUUUGUUGUGCCAGCACAUUCAACUAUUAUAAGUCUGUUUAUUUUAUUAAACACCUUAGAUGUGCCAGCACAUAAAACUAUAAUAAGUCUAUUUUUUUUAAACACCUCUGUUUCUUUAUUUUGUAGUAAAUUUGUGUAGCCUCUGUUUAAAAAAAAAAAAAAAAUAACAUUAGCAUAAUUAAUGUACCUAUUUUUGUAGCAGUAUUUAAUGUUGUAAGUGCUGCAUUGACUCGAGUUUAACCUGCAUACAUAUUGCCUGACCAAGAUGGGAUUAAGAAAGAAGUCAAUGUUAAAGUCAUGUCUCCUAAAGUCCUCAUCUUGUAGUUCAAAUUCAUUUAGUUAAGUUUGGUGGUUGUUUAUAGUUAGGACAUAACCAUUUUUAAAAAAAAAUCACUAACCUCCUUUUUUAUUCUCUAUUAAUUGCCGUUAUCAGUAUUUUCUUCUCUGCUGUUAAUUUAAUUUCAAUAUUAAAAAUCUUUAACUGAGUGACUUUGUGGUCAAGCCAGUGAGACACAGAAUUAGCAUUUUUAAGAUGGUCUGUGGUUUCACGUUCCGGCAAGUCCAAAGUUUUAUGCCCAGGAAUACCCUGAACCUGAUCUUUUCCCACUUGUGGGUUUAACGGUGGUGGGGAGAGUUAAAUUAAGCCAAAUUACAAAUGAUGUGAUCUAAAAAUUACGAGAGACAAAAAUGGUACGGAGGAGAAGGUCGGGGAGGGUUUUAAAAUCAUACAAUACAUUUUAAAGUUUGGCUUUACUGAUGUACUUCAAUUAACUCUAUAAUGAAUGUGCAGAAACUAUUAAUAUAAGAACAAUAUUAUCUCAACUAAAGAAAUAGUUUUAUCGUGGGCAUCUGGUGAAAAUUGAUUAGUCCACUAACUUCUCUUUCUGCUCGUUUUAUGCCAAUUUUAUUUGCUUUGGUGUGAUAUAGCUUUGCUUUAGGAUACACCUUUUUAUUUACUUUACUGUACUUGGAGGUAUCUAGAUGUGGUCACCUAAAAGCAUGAAAAAUGGGGGGGGGGGGGUUUACCUCAUUUUUUUCCACAGAUCAAAAUUGAAAAUAUUCCAUUGUUUUUUUUUUUUUAUUUUGUGUGGGCUUUAAUUAUAAUUCUCUUUUUAUUUAUGGCUGUUUUUAGGGGGGGGGGGGGGGUUUACCUCAUUUCUUUCCACAGAUCAAAAUUGAAAAUAUUCCAUUGUUGUUUUUUUUUUAAUAUGUGUGGGCUUUAAAUAUAAUUCUCAUUUUAUUCAUGGCUGUUUUUUUCCAUAUAACUUUUUAAAAUCUUAAAUACCAGUUAUAAUUCAGGCCUUUUUUAACGUUCAUCAAAAUAACUUUAUAUUCAUUUCUUGUAAAACAUUAGGAUAUUGUAAUAAUCAGUCUUAAGAUUAUUUUGAAUUUUGGUGUAAUCUGUAUAAUAUUAUAAAAUAUUAUAAAAUGAUUUAGUCUUCUAUAAUAAAUUUUAGUCUUAUCAUUAUACACAGUGUAUUGCAAAUAUGUAUGUGAUAAAUAUAUAUGUGUAAAUAUAUAUAACACUUUUACUUUUUGUUCAGAUAUUUAACACUUUUACUUUUUAUUGGAAAUUCUUUGAUGUAUGUUAUAUAAAUACCUGGGUGUUGGUGAAAUUAAUAGAGCAAAAUGUAAAGUCAGCCAUUUGAUACAGGGUACAACUCAAUGUUUCUAUGUGUGUUGUAGAUGCUGAUGUCUUGUUGUUGCGGAUGACAAGAAUUGGUGUCCUGCUGGCAUUCAGGUCCUUGGCUCAGGAAGCUCUUAAUGAUGUAAGUUGCACUAUUUAAAAAAUUGUUUUUGUUGUAGCCUUAUAAGUGAGCAUGUUUUCUUCUUAUUAAAUUUUGUAUCACAAUUUCAUCAUGGACUCAACCUUUUAUAAAUUACAAAUGCAGUGGACUGACAGGUUAUUUCUUCCAUCCAUGUCAGGUACUGGAACAAAGAAUCCCAUUCUUGAUGGGCUCUGUACGAGACAUCCACCAUCAUGUGCCCAACACUAAAGAUUCCAUGGUAAGUUUCAGUCAUAAGUAAAUUUGAUCACAACACAUGACACAGUCAUCCUAGUACCAAUUUGGUUGGGAUGUAAGUAAAUUUGAUCACAACACAUGACACAGUCAUCCUAGUACCAAUUUGGUUGGGAUGUAAGUAAAUUUGAUCACAACACAUGACACAGUCAUCCUAGUACCAAUUUGGUUGGGAUGUAAGUAAAUUUGAUCACAACACAUGACACAGUCAUCCUAGUACCAAUUUGGUUGGGAUGUUGACUCAGUUUAUUUGGAGAGAUAGACAUGGACAAGAAAGUGUUCAAAAAGUCAAAUAUAAAAUAAAGUUUCGGGUAUGUGUAUGAAUAGCUCUUGAACUAAAGAAAUAUUACUUGUAAUUACUUAUCUGAAGUCAUACCUAAAGCCGUCAGGUAUGUGUAUGAAUAUUUCUUGAACUAAAGAAACAUUACUUGUGAUUACUUAUCUGAAGUCCUACAUAAAGCCAUCAGGUAUGAACUCAUUUUGAAAUGAGGUUCAGCUAACUUUACAAUCACUUUGUUAUUAUGUCAGAUCAGAUUCUUGCUGCAUGAUAUUAUCAAAUAAGCAUGGCCAGCAAAUCAUCUGUAUCUUGAAAAGGCUGCACUAAUCUUUUAAUAUCAUAAAUUAUGUUAUAUGGGUUUGUUGUUUUUUUUACAAUAUACUUGGAAGAGUGUGGUAGUGGUCUGAAAAUUGUAACAAACAAUUAGUUGGGCAUAGUGUAAAAAUGGUCAAAAAUGGUUUAAAAUACUUGUCAGAAUUUGGAGGAUGUAACGUUUGCAUAAGGAAGUAAAUCAUCAACUUUGCACAGCCUGCAUGAAUCUUCUUUGUCUUAAUUCUUAUGAAUGUACAAAAUACAUGGAAGUUAAUUUUAAAUUUGUGUACAAUUAAAAGGAAAUCUAAUUUGCUAAUUUGAUUGUACCAUUUUUUUUUAAAACAUAUAUUCAUUGACAAAGUUAUUUAAUAGUUUUAUGUGUUCUUUUCCCAUCAGCUUGUAAGUUGUUUUUUCAAUCAUUUUCUUCAGUAAUUGCACUCUAAUAUAACAUUUAAGUUGGGCUUAUUUUUUUUUUUACAGUAAAAAUAGUAUCUCACCAUAUGAAUAUAGUAGCUCAAGUAUAAUAAUUUCAUAUUAGUAGUGAAAUAUCACCAGCCUCUCUUUAACAUACUCUCAGUGACCCUUCAUAGAUCUCCACUUGUUACAAUAGCUUGUUUCUGACAACUGUAAAUGUACUUUUAUCAGCUGAUAUGUUGUGCCUGAUCUAUUGUAAUGUAUUUCUAUUAAGCAAAGGAGAAAAGGGGGUCAAUGCUAUUGUGAUUACUUCUCAACCCUUUCAUGACAUGCAACAUAAGUACAUGUUAGUUUUCUUUUUAAUGAUGUUAUUAAGGAUUGGUUUGUUUCUGUGUGUCUGCUCUGGGUUAUAUUUUAGAGGGAAAAAAUGUGAUUUUUACCCGACUAUUUGCACACUUCUCCAGUGACAAUGCCAGAUUUUGUCACUUUUGGCUGGUACUUUAUUUAAUUAUGCUUUGUGUGUUAGGGGCCACCGCUUGGUUUAUUCAUCUGUGAAGUCAGGUGCUGCCACUCAAAAACUAAGAGAGGCCUGGAGGCAUUACUUCAUUGUAUGGCACAACAAAAAAAACCAAAAUAAUAAAGACUGCUUGAAAUGGGCCAUUAAGAUUAAAUAGUUCAAACAGAACUUAUGUCUGCUACUUAAGUUUAAGUUAAAACAUAGCAACUAAUACCAUGACAAAGGAAAUACGGAAACAAUGUUUUACAUUGGUUUGUUAAUAAUAAUAAUAUUUCAUUCUCUUUCAUAUUCAUUUUUUUACUUUUUCAAUACAUUUUCACACUUUCAUUAAUGACAUCGCCCACCAUAGAAUAACUAAUGCUUUAAUAGUGUUGUGUGUUGUUGUUUUUUUUUGCCACCUGUUCCAGAUUUGAAUUGUAGUGAACAAGAAUAUUUACCAUUGAGGGUUUAGCCCCACUUUUUCUAAAGUGGUAUUUAUAGAAGCCUCCUCUUGAUUAAAAAAAAACACACUAGAUUAGUAUUAUUAGCCCUUAUAACUUCAUCUAUUUCAAACUAACGCACUUAAGUUUUAUUUCCCCCAUAAUGUACCUUUUUCUGAAUAAAAGUAAAGCCAUAUUGUAAUUUAACCUCACUGUUUAGCACUCACUAAAUUUGUUUUCUUUUUAUUAUCAUUGUGUUCAUUUUAAAUGUUUAGGAUUCAUACCUACAGUUUAUUUAAAUACAUUCUUUAAGUAAGUACUUAUACAAAUUUCUAUUUAAAUUCUAAAAAUUAUUUUAGCAAUGAGAAAGAAUGACUCACAUAUUUCAUGAUUCUUUUAAAAAGCUACAGAAAUACUAAUGAAAAGAUGUGGGUUCAAAGACAUUAUUGCACUUAUAAUACUAGUCUCUAAAUAAUCAGAAUGUUCAAGUCUUAUUAAAUUGUUAUAUCUAUAAAUUUAAUCCUGUGAUUUACCAUGAUUUUAAAAAGUUAUUUUACAGUUGCAUCGUUGGAGUAUUGUCAAGUGGAAUAGUGAUGAUGAGAUGUGCUAAGUUUUAAACACAAAAAAAUGUAGUUGUUUAUUUUUUCCCUUUUCAUUGUUUAGCUGCAGAGCUUUAAAAUUAGAGCUCUUUCAAAUAGGAAAUAAAAUAGGAAUAUCAGCCUGAUAGUAUAGAGGGCAUAUUUCAUUAGUUACAAAAUACUCAAAAAGUAAAAACAUUACCAAAAAAAACAACAAAGAAAACUAUAUAUAAAACUGUAGUUAAACAGAAAUAAUAUACACAAGUGAAAUUUUGACCUAAAAAACAACAGCAGAAAACCUAAUAAAUGCAUGAGAGAGAAAAGUUCUUUGUAAAAGAUAAGUACCAACAAAGGAUGAAUAUGAAUGAAGAAUAUGAACCAUCCAAGAAUUGUUUAGACUAUAUCAUGAUCCCAUCCUAGUAGCAGAAAUAAAAAAAGGCCGGCUACGCUGGGCAGCAAAAUCAGAAAGAAUGGCAAAGGACAGUGGAGUGAAGAGGGGUGCAUCUGAGUGGAAGGAAGUGGUGAGGCAGGCCAAACCCCUACACAGGGUGUAGCACAACAGGGAUUGAUAGAUUAAAAUAUGUUGGGAUACCUUUACUCUCAAAGGACUGUCAAUGACCCAUCCAUGAUUAUUUAUAAAAGGUAAAAUAUACCAGUUCUGUGGACUAGGCGAGUGAUUGACUUUUAAUGUGACAUGAAUUCUCACAGGAUGAAACACAUACAGUAUCAGUAGCAGCAAUCACCCACAUUUGUAAUUGUAAUGAACAAAUGUAAGGUUUAUAACUAUAUAAACAAAACAUGAUACAUUUAGUUUCAAACCCGGGCUAUUUUGCAUAUUUAUUCCAUCAACCAUACCAUGCCAAGUAAUGCUGAUUUUAGUUUUUGUAUCAGACAACACUGUUUGUUGUUUAAUAUCCAUUUCUUCCCACCUCCCCUCAUCUAUCCCAAAACAAACUCACUGUCCAAUUUAUCUCCAGAGGAAAAAAAGCAAACUGGUAAGAAGGAAGUGGCUUGUUGUACUUGGUGAUGUUAACAUAGUCCAAUAGCUAUCAUUUCAUGUAAUUCUAGGUCAGCAGCUUUGCUGGGGGGGGGGGGGGUGUGUCUGCCACCAAUAACAAGAACAUUUUGCUAGUAAAGAUUCUCACUAACAUUAAAGUUCAUUAAAGUCGAAUUUUUGUUUUAUUAACUUUUUUUUUUUUGCUUUUACUUUACAAAGCCACACAAUUAGAUUAGUGUACACGUAAACUAUUGUAUAGCUAAUUAUUAAUAUGUUAUACAAAAAAUAUUUCUCUUCCAACUUGUUACUAAUGUGUUUCAAAAUUUAGGUAAUAACAUAAUGGCGGAAGAGAUAUGGGAAAUAAAUGGUGAAUAAAUAUAUCAUAAAAAUGCUAUCUUUUCACCAAUCCUUGCAGCUCCAACGAAGGAAACAUUUUCAUCUUUGUCACCUACCCUGCAUUAAUUACUAUCUGUUGUAAAUACUGUUGCAUCUAUUCCACAAUGUUAUUCCAAUUCCUUGCCUCCAUCCCUUAGAGGGUUUUAUACUCCUCUCUUCAGUUUUCUCUUUGUGCCCACACAAAAAAUGUAUUUAAUUUUUUGUUAAUUUUAAUAUUCAGUUCAUUUCUAUCCGUGGUGGUCAUUGAUUUUGUAGUAAUUCUCCUGGCUGGGCAAAUUAAUUGUAUUGUAAAAUGCACAGAAGUGAAGAAUCUUAUUCUUAAUAUAUAAUAUGUAUUAAAUAUGGAACAAAACAGCCACAUUCUGCAUUUACAAAAUAUGCUUUUUUUCCCCCCUGACAGUGUGUUCUGUUUUAUAGCAUCCUGUUUUAUUUAUGUACCUGCACUUAAAGGAUUACAUGAUAUUUUUUUUUGAACAUCUGUUACCAAAACGUAAUGCAUAAGAUUUCAAAACUGGUGGGUUUUUUUAUGUAUACCGGUACUUUAAAUAACAUGAAUAAAAUAGUUGCAAGCGUUAUGCUUCAUUCAUGGCCAGGUAUAUGGCCAGGUAUAUGGCCAUAGAUGCAGGCCACAAGAUUCAUUCAUGGUCAGGUGCAUGGCUACAGUUGCAAGCCCUAAGCUUCAUUUAUGGUCAGGUAUAUGACCAUAGUUGCAAGCCAAAGAUUUAUUCAUGGCCAAGUAUAUGGUCAUAGUUGCAAGCCUUAAGCUUCAUUCAUGCCCAGGUAUAUUACCUGUCCUUUACAACUUGAAAAAGACUUUUUAAUAAGCUUUUCUUUAGUUAAUUAAGUUCAACCCCUGAGCAUGUUCUACAUUUUCACUCAUCUUUUCUUCACUAUUCCUCACCAUGUUCACAUUCUGGCAACCUCCUCACUUAUUGUAAUGUUUAUUUUUUUAUCAUGCCAGCCGGUCUCACUAAAACAACAGGUUUGUAAGCCAGCCUGGCAAAUAUUUGUGGUGUUGCUGUCUUUUUUUUUUCUUUUUUUCUUUUGCUUCAUUCAAAAAAGAAAAAAAAUUAUGAAACAAUUCAAUGAAGCAAGAGUGAUAAUUUCAUCCAUGUUUGUAACUUUCCUAUAAUCCAAUACAAAAUUUAAUUUUUAACAACUACAACAAAUAGCUGGCUUUGAUUGUCAAAUGAAUUUCAAAUAAUUUUUUUAAGAAUUGGCUAGAAAUUUUCUUACAAAUGGUAUUGUUAUUACUGUAACUAGAAUCCCCAUUUGAUAAUUUCAAAAAAAAAAAUUUUAUGUUCCUAUUUGAAAAAGUCUUUGCCUUAACACUAUUGCAGGGGAAAAUACAAAAAGUGUCUUUUUUUUUGUUGUUGUUUUUUUGUGUUACAAACAACCCUCGGAUUUGAAUAUGCUUCUCUGCUUUAUUUCUCUGCUUUAUGUCAGUGAAAAUGCACUGACCGAGUUGACAAUAACAAAAUUAUGGCAAGCAGGCAGGAAAAUAACAAUGAUUAUGAAAUCAUUAGUUUAAAAAAUAUACUAAUUUAAACCCCCAAAAUACUAUUAAUUAUUGAAAAUUGACUACCUAAAAGCAUCUUACAUCAACCUAAUUUGAGGUUGUAUCUUGGAAAAAGAAAACAUUUAAUAUUUAGUUGAUACAAGUGUUUGACAUUUAGCCAUGUUUGCUCUGUUGAUUUUGAUUUUUUAAAAAGUAUUUCCUAUUACUCUUUACUUCCCCUCUUCAUUGCAUUUCCUGUUUCCCUUUUUUGUAUGAACUUUGUGAUUGUCUUUCUUUAUCAUGUUCUUCUUUACCACAUGCUGUCUAGGUAAAACUUUUUUCUUUUGCAACAAUUCAGCCCUUAUGGAUGUGAGCUACAACUAUUAAUUGUUAUAUAUUUUUUUUUCUUCACAUAUUUGAGGGCCCACGAUCAAUUUAUUGAUCAUUUUAGCUCCUGGUUUGAAUUCAGAGUUGGCCUUAUCUUAGAUGAGUUGCCUUCCAAGGCUAACGAGUCCCAUCCACCUGGGGUGCUUGGGAUGUUGGCUUUGGCGGGGAUUCAACUCCAGACCACCACUAUUUGGAGUGAGUCAGCUUAGACCACUAGGCCACCCAGCAUCCAUUUGCUUGGGUCAUUUGUCUCAUUCUGAAUCAUUUAACGAAAUCUCAUUAAUAAAAAAGAAUGUUUGGUCAAGAUUGUGUUUUUAAAUAAAAUGUGGCAUUAACUUUGACCAAAAGAAAUUAGUGCAAUGUGACACCACAAUCAUGUUUGAUUCUAACUACUGAACUGCACACAUGGGUACUGUGUUCUAAUAGAUGAAUUCAGUUCUAAUUUAUGCGAAACAAUUUUAGCUUAAUUUCAAAUUUUUUUUAAACUUUGAAAGAUCCAAGAGAGAUCUACCGAUAGUGAUAUAAAUGUCUCCUGUUAUUUCAAAAAAGGGAUGAAAUAAUUUUUGACCUAUUGAUACCUAGGGAUCUGUCCUUUUAUUUUUAAAAUUCCUUUCUGUCUGUAUGUACCUCUAUUUAAGGUUUGUGCCUCGUAGUCAUACUUAUGGUACUCACUGUCCUUAUUUGUGCUGCCCUAAUAUUUUUGGUCCAAAGGUCAUAUUCAGAUACUCUUAUCAAAUAGUGGGCCCCUUUCUUUGCUUGUGCCCUCCUCCACACCUAUUGGAGAUGAUGUGUAGGGUUGGUCAUAGUCGUAGUAGAUCGUAAACCUCUCCACUGUGAGCUAAACAGUUCUACGGUAUUGUAAAACUAAAUCCAUUAAGAUACUUCGUAAUCUCAAAUGAAAAAUCAAAUACCUUUAACCCUUUCAAUUUUAACAUACUGUUAAAUGUGAUGAAUAGCAUAUUUAGUGAAAAUUUAGUAAUAACUGUUUUUUUAAAUUAAGUCGCCUAAAAAAUCCCUAUCAACAGCUUGGCUUUGGGGCCAGCAUCCCAGUCUAAAUACCUUGCUCAACAAUCAGCUUGCUUUAAUCAAAUUAUUUUUAUCCCUUUACACUAAGAGGAAAAUUUUUAAUUCAGCUUUAAAGCUUUUGGUUGCUACUUGAGGGUUUUAGCAUCCCUUGAAAAUGCUAACAGGACGUAGCUGAGAGUCUCAAGUAUAACAAAUAUUAGUCACCUAUCGAGUGUGACAGAACUCAGUUGGUUGGCAAAUGCCCAUUUGUGUUUUUUUUUUGCUAACUAACAUUUUUAUUACUUAUUAUAUUUGUCUCUGCAAUUAUUUUAAAGUGCCAUAUUAACAUUCAACUAGGAUUAUUUAAAGACCUCUAUAAAUUGAAUCAAAAUAUAUUUAUUAAUAAAAAAGACUAAUAAACAACUCAAUUUUUUUUUAAAUGAAGCUAUUUGAUGUUAUGUUUCAUCUACUCUACAUUCCACAAUUUUUUUUUUCUAUAAGUCUUUCAACUGCUACAAAAAAAGUGUUAAAUAUUUUGGUGUAAAUCUUAGUAUGCUUAUAUUUAUUUUAAUUAUGCUUUCUGGGUAUGAAUCUAGACCCAAAUCUAGAAUUCAAAUAAUUUUUUAAUAAAUAUUUAAAAAAAUAUUUUUUAGUAUUAGUCAAAAUGGAGUGAAGCUUGAAUUUCAAGAUCCAAUCUGGAAAUUGCUUGAGCCUUAAAUCUCAAAAAAUGAAUCAUUAAAUAAAAUUUCAGACUGAGUCAAUCAGCAUUGAUAAGGACGGUCCUUGCUUUACUCUUGUUCAGUUGUUAAAAACUCGAAAUAAAAUAUUUGCUGUGCUUCAAUGUAUAUCUUUCUGUGCUUACAAUAAAUAGAUGAAGAUCUACAUAAUUUUCUUUGAAGUAAAACUUGUUAAUUCACCAAAUUAAAUAAGAUAAAUUAUUGUUGAAAUAAAAUAAAAAUUCUUUAGAUAAAAGGAAGAAAUACAAAUAAAAUAUUUUGGAGUCCAUAAAAACUACAAUACGUCAAAUAUCUUAUGAUAGUAUGGUUGUGACUAUUGUUGAAUUGGUCAAAUAAAAAUUAUGAAAAUAGCAUGACUUAAGUCAUUUCAUGGUUUCUAGUUUUGUUGUUUAUGUGCUUCAGGUAGUCAAUGAGCUGGCAUCAUCUGCUGGUGAGAAAUGUAGUGUGGACCCAACGCUGUGUAAUGCAUUACGUACCCUUAAAAGUGGUGAGUGAUCAUUUUCAUGAUACUUUACUCAAACUUUGUCAUAAAUAUCUCUAUGGUAGUGUUUAGAUUAUUAGUCUAUUUUUUAUAUGAAACGUUCUCCAGCACUGGGGUCGGUAAACCUGGGUAAAAUACCCCAAAUGGAAUAAAAAUGAAAAUCUUGAGAAGAAUAAAUGAGGACUCAAUAAAAAAUUAAUUUAAAAAAUGCACAGUCCUUGUUAGGAUGGAAAUUAUUGUGCUGGCACACUGCAUCUAGCCUGUGUAAUAAAAGUAACAAAUUUUUUAUUUGCGGAUAUCAUUAGGCCUCAAUACCUAUUGUUUUUUCUACAACUAAAAUUUUAUUACAUGACAUUUAUUUCAUAUUUUUUAUAAAAAAUUGUAUCCCUUGCGUAAUAAGAUUCAGUUAACCAUUUUUAAUUAAAAUAGUCUAUAUCUUUCCCUUUCCUAUAGAGGGGGUAAGUCAGAGUUAACUAAUAUAACUUGGGAUAAUAGUAAUAGCUAAAAAAAUAAAAAUUUUGCCCAACCAAGCUCCCUUAUGAUGGAAAACAUGUUUGAUGUUGUUUUGGGCUUGGUGUUUUUAUAAUGAAGAAUAGUUAAACUACAAGAAUACAAGCGUUUUUUAUUUCAUGCUUUUACCCUUAACAAAAUUUAUUUGUUUUUCUUAAAUUUACUGUCCAUCAAAUGUUGAAGCUGGAGGAUUUAUUUGGUGUUGGACAAUGAGACAGAUAGGCUGAGUGUAGAUUCUUGUCAUGCUGAAAGCUCAAGGGACUCACUUCAGUCUUAAGACAGGAAAACCCUAGUUGUAGUUAAAGAGUUGAAGUGGAGAUACCAGAUGUUGGUUGUAAGCUCAGCCACCUGAGACUAGUUGCAUUGGCCAGGUGGAGAUACCAGAAGUUGGUUGUAAGCUCAGCCACCUGAGACUAGUUGCAUUGGCCAGGUGGAGAUACCAGAUGUUGGUUGCAAGCUCAGCCACCUGAGACUAGUUGCAUUGGCCAGGUGGAGAUACCAGAUGUUGGUUGUAAGCUCAGCCACCUGAAACUAGUUGCAUUGGCCAGGUGGAGAUACCAGAUGUUGGUUGUAAGCUCAGCCACCUGAGACUAGUUGCAUUGGCCAGGUGGAGAUACCAGAUGUUGGUUGUAAGCUCAGCCACCUGAAACUAGUUGCAUUGGCCAGGUGGAGAUACCAGAUGUUGGUUGUAAGCUCAGCCACCUGAGGCUAGUUGCAUAGGUCAGGUGGAGAUACCAGAUGUUGGUUGUAAGCUCAGCCACUUGAAACUAGUUGCAUUGGCCAGGUGGAGAUACCAGAUGUUGGUUGUAAGCUCAGCCACCUGAAACUAGUUGCAUUGGCCAGGUGGAGAUACCAGAUGUUGGUUGUAAGUUCAGCCACCUGAGGCUAGUUGCAUUGGCCAGGUGGAGAUACCAGAUGUUUGUUGUAAGUUCAGCCACCUGAGACUAGUUAAAUUGGCCAGGUGGAGAUACCAGAUGUUGGUUGUAUGUUCAGCCACCUGAGACUAGUUACAUUGGCCAGGUGGAGAUACCAGAUGUUGGUUGUAAGCUUAGCAACCUGAGACUAGUUGCAUAAGCCAUGACUAUAGAUGAAACAAACCCUUUUGCAGAUAUGGCACAUUACACUACUAACUAGAACUAGAAGGCCCAGAUUGAGCUAGUGUCUGCGUUGUGAAGAAAUUAGAGAUUAGUAUCAAUCCAGUAGAGUAAAACACAGUCCUAAAGUCCUAGUUUACCAAGAUUCUUUUACCCAUAGUCUUUGAUCACAAGUCACAUGUACUGCAUAUUCCUUGUUCUACUUCCAGCUUAUGCUGACGAUGAGUAUACAAUUUCCUGUUUGCUGUUCGUGUUUGUGGCUGUCUCCAUACCCAAACUUGCCCGUAUGGACUUGUCCACUUUCAGAGCUUCUCUUGAAGGUAAGUUUUCAAUGUCUCCAUUUUAUAUUGUUUUGCUUUCCACUGUCUACUAUUCUGACUUCAGCCUUCUCCCCCUGUGUCCAUCUUCCUUAUCAUACAUACUUUAACUCUAACCUAAUCCCUAUCAAUGACUAUGUCAGGCCACCUCAACAACAGCCACUGCCUUGCCAAGAGCAUCAAUGGGUUGGCCGGAGCUUUGUUCUCCCUUUAUGGACCAGGUGAUACAGAUCUUAGACUGCAAGAGUUUUUGGCUGUAAGUCAUCCAUAACUUUUUAUUUCUGGGAUCAAGUCUUUAAAUAAAAUUAUUUAAGUAGUAUAGUAAACAUUAAAGGCAGCACUUAGUUCAAAGAUCACUAUAAACCACUAACUACUGAAAGGUUGUUUUAAAAAAAUAUCUGCAGACUUAGUUCAAAGAUCACUAUAAAACACUAACUACUGAAAGGUUGUUUUUAAAAAAUAUCUGCAGACUUAGUUCAAAGAUCACUAUAAACCACUAACUACUGAAAGAUUUUUUUUAAAAAAAUCUGCAGACCAAUGGACAAAAAUCAAUGUUAUCUUUACUUUUUUUCCCAGUAAUAUUUAGAGCAAUGUGUGUCUAAUUGCAAGGACAGCAAUGUCUAAUUAAAGAAGUGAACUCAAACAUUUCCACUCAAGUGAUUUUACCUGGUUGGCUAGGACAUAUCUGUACAGAAGUUUGAAUUAAUUUCUGAUCUAACUGAUCAAAUAGAUCACUUGGAGUUGGCCAGGUGUUAUUUUAACAGUCAGCAGAGGCAUAUGAAAUAAUACUUUGCUUCAAUGGAACUAAUAGUAAUAGUUCUGUUUAAAUCUGACUGAACUACAAUCUUGAAAUCUGUCAUGAGAGAAAAAUUUACUUAAAUGAUGUUAACAUUCAACUUAUACCCCAUAUCUGCAGCUUGCUUCAUCCAGUCUUCUGCGUCUUGGAUCUGAGAAUGACAAGGAAGCUGUCAAGAACAGGGAGUCGGUGUAUCUACUGCUGGAUCAGGUAGGGAGGUACCUGUCAUCUGUAUUAUCAUAACUUGUGGGUGUGGCAACAUCGCAUGAAACCUCUCAUCUAGCCUAAAAAUGCUCUGCUCAUUCCAGUGAUUAAUUCAUUACUGCUGGUUGCUGCUAAAGCGGGGGGAGGGGGGGGGGGUUAAUGUCCUGAUGGAUGUUAAUCAAAUGUGUCCUGACACACCACUCAUUUUUAUUUCACAUUAGUUAUUUUUUAGGAUGGCAACAUCGCAUGAAACCUCUCAUCUAGCCUAAAAAUGCUCUGCUCAUUCCAGUGAUUAAUUCAUUACUGCUGGUUGCUGCUAAAGCGGGGGGAGGGGGGGGGGGGUUAAUGUCCUGAUGGAUGUUAAUCAAAUGUGUCCUGACACACCACUCAUUUUUAUUUCACAUUAGUUAUUUUUUAGGGGAAGGGGAGACUUUCCUUAUAGCGUGAUUUCAACAAAAAAGUCUGAAGUUUCUAUUGUUUUUUUUUCGACGUGGGUUAAAACGGUUCUUCUUACAUCGAUCACGUAUAAGUCCCAUGUGCAAGAAUAAAGUUUUUUUUGUCAUGGUCUGUUAUUUUCUUGGCAAUCAGCAUCACAUUUUGCUUAAAAUUUGUCCAUUUUCAAAUAUUUUUGUUUUAGUCUGAUCAACUGUAAAAAAAAUAAAUUUGUUAUUAAUUUAUGGAAUUGAAAAUCUGAGUUGCUUCCCAUUAUCCAGGCAGAAGGUCGCAGUGAGUGAGAAAGCCUGAGGGAAUGAGUUAAACUGGUCAAGAGUUACCUUGCACUGUGAACACAUAAUUUAAAUUAACUUCUGUUUUAUCAUUGUAUUCAAUGUAUUCCCAGAUAGUACAGGAAUCACCUUUCCUGACAAUGGACUUGCUAGAGUUCUGCUUCCCCUAUGCUCUACUGAGGAAUGCCUACCACAGUGUGUACAAGGCCUCUGCCACUGAUAUGUAAAGCUGCUCACCGGAGAGGAACACAACCAGCUCUGUCAACAAUAAAUUAUUCACUUUUACUUAACAUCUGGAAUGACUGAUAAACUCAAAUCUAUCUAGCAACUUUCACAUUUUAGAGAAUGGAUUGAAUCUAAUCUCUAGACUGCCAAGCUCGCUUUUCUUGGAUAGAAAAUAGACUGAUUUCUUAGCAAAUAAAUCCUUUUUAUGCAUCUUUUUCCCUUUGAAUAUUUUUUAAAACUUACUGUAUUUAUAUAAAAUAACCUUUACCUUUGUAAUGUCCAUCUGUAUUUAGUUUCACCACUUUGUAUGUAUAGCCUAGCUACACUUUGUAUGUAUAGCCUAGCUACACUUUGUAUGUUUAGCCUAGCUACAUUUCAGGUAGAUUGCACAUACUUUCAUAGAACUAAUGGAGGCCUCUGGAUCUGAAUGAUGAUAAAUAUUAUUGAAAAGUUUCAAUAACAAUGCCAUUGAACAAAUUUAACUGAUCUGUAAAGAUUUAUUUUUUUUUUUUUUACUUUGAUUGGUUAAUUCAGUGAGAACCUACAUACCAUGGUAGUUAAUUUAAUUAACCAAAAGUUGUUUUAAAUGUGUAAAGUUUUAAUUUACAGCCGGUUAAGACAGUUUACCCAUCUAUGGGGAGAUGAUUUGUGAUGCUCAGUUAGUUAGUAGUUAUAGAACCUGAAGUAAUUUCCAAAUAAUCAUUAAUGACAUUGACAUCUUAAAUGAACAUAUUCAAAUUGAUUUUAAAGUUUUUGUAGCCAAGUUUAUUAACAUGGUGGCUCACAUCAAACCCAUAUAUGUACAUAUAAUAUUAUGAUGUACAUAUAUACAUAAUAACCGUAUACACCAAUCAUAUGGCAGUGAGUCUCAGUCAGUUUUGGUUUGUCCAUAGCUGUGUUACAUCAUUAACGUAAGUCCUUGUUGACCAGUUGAUCAGGAGGCUGUUGAUCAAGCUGACCAGCACCAUUAUCCUCAGACUGGUCAUCAAACUGACCAGCACUAACAUCCUCAGGCUGGUCAUCAAAUUGACCAGCACUAACAUCCUCAUUACCAGCAACUUUCCAUCAUUGAUCUUACUCUCUGAGAGAGACCACUAGAUCUUAGACAGGAAGUUAUGUCUUAUAAUGCAAAUUUUAUCAUAAAAUUAAAAUAAGUACAAAUAACUCAUUUUCAUCCCUGUAAUAAAGUGUGUACGGGAUUCUUGACAAAUGUGUGGAUAAGCAAGAUAAGACAAUCCUAGAAUCUUAGUAUAGUCUUGUAUUAUAUGGACAGACACGUUUUUUUUAUUCAAGCAAAUGACAGCAAUAAAAUGAGUGAAUGUGUCCGUUUUAUAGAAAAGCAGGGAGUUUAUAAGCCAGUAACUAAAUAAGAAUUUAGAAGACUGAUGUAUUCUGACGAAUCAGUUUACAUUUCAAUUAUAAUACUGGCACUCCCAUUGCAUCAAGCCUUGUUUAGACAAGUAAAGAAAUUAUUUCCAAUUUUUUAUUUUUUUUAUGAUUUUUAUAUUAAAAAAUGUUUAAAAAACAGCUUUUUUUUUUUUGGCCCUAAUAUCAUUUAAAAGGAUUGUUAACCAUUUUUUUCCCCCCUCAUGACUUGAUUGCCAUCAAAACUUAUUGCAAAGCUGCAGGUAUUUUUUUUUUUUUUUUGUUUUUUAUAUUAAAAAAUUUUUAAAAAACAUUUUUUUUUUUUUUUUUGGCCCUAAUAUCAUUUAAAAGGAUUGUUAACCAUUUUUUUCCCCCCUCAUGACUUGAUUGCCAUCAAAACUUAUUGCAAAGCUGCAGGUAAGCUCUGGUUUCAAAUUAUUUUAUUUUAUUAUGUUUGGAAAAUUAAUCUGGAUAAUAAUAUUGUAUGCGUGGAGAACAAUUAUUUUAUGUGAAAUGUUAGUGUAAAUUAUUUUUUUUAGUAGUUGCACCACCGGAAGGCCUAGUGCUAUGAAUCAAACACUAUUGAUUUCUACAUGUUUUUAUUUUGUAAAAUAUUUGCAUGUUGUAUUAAUAGACUUUGCAUUUACUUUACAUGGCUUUUUCAAGUUAUACUUUGAAUUUUGUAUAUUUAUAAUGAACUUGUAUGUUACUCUGAAUUAUCAGAUUGGCAGUAACAUGUUUUAUAAAUUUGUUAAUGUAUUUAUGGCUUUUAAUCCAAAUAUUUUGAAAUGCUGAUAUGUUACAGGCAACACAAAAUAUUUGGCUUGUUUUAUAUCCAAUAAUGAAGAAAAAAAAUUUGCCUUUUUUUUUUUUUUCUUUCUUCCAACAAUUUUUCAUUAAGACAUUUAUCCCUAAACGCAUCAUAUUUUAUUUUUCAGGAUUCAUUUGGGUUUGUGUGUGUGUGUGUGUGUGUUUUGGGAGGGGGGUGGGUUCUAAAAAAAUAAAAAUAUCUUUAUUGUGAUUUUUGCACUUGCCAGUAUUCUUUUAUAUUCACAUGCAUGAACAAUAUCCUGUCGGGUUGUUUGUUUUCCCAAUCAGUAACUUUAACUUAAUCAAAUCAAAAAGUUCAUCAUAACCAAAUGUGGUAAAUUUUUUUUUUUUUAUUGAAUUUCAUUUAAGUAAAGAGCUAUUGAGAUCACUUCAAUGAAUGAAAAAAAUAAUGUAUCCCCUGGAUGUUAGUUGAUGUGCAAAAAGAGUGGGCAAAUGAACAGAGCAGUGUAUGUUUGGUACACCACUUAGCCCCCCUUGCAACAGAGUUGGAAAUGUUCCCAAAAAAAAAAAAAAUUGUUGGUUUAUAAGUUAGCAAUUUUAACAACUAUAAUCUAAAGCACAAUGAUGAAGGAAAAAAUAAGACAAUUUAGAUUUAAUAAAUAAUUAGUACGUACAAUCUGUUUCAUUUAAUAAUCAACAUGUCAGUCUAGCACAGUAUUUAUUGUACCGGUAAUUAGCAGAUGAGAGUAAAUGAUGCGAUAACCAAAAUUACUCAAAUAAAUAUGUUCACUUUGACCUUUGUAAAUUUUUCACUUCAACAUGUUAAUUAUUCACACAGUUUAAUGUUUUUUU